GCUGGGGCAUCGGAGCGCCUCGAGGAGAAUCCGCAGAAAUAUUGUUUCUCUGCCCCGCCUAAGGAAGUGCGCUUGUCGCGCCUGCUCCGCGGAUCUUCUGGCUAGCUGAAGCGGUCGGAUCGAAGGCAAAGCGGCUGAGGCUUUGGCCCCGCAGCUGAUGUCUGGGCUAUAAUAGAGAUCACCCGGGGUUGGGUAGCUUCCCCUGGACUUGACCUGCUCUGCCACCCGCGUUUUGUUGUGGUUCUUGUUGCUCCGAGGAGACAUGGAGCUGGCGGCGGGACUGGGACUGAUCCUGGCGCUGUGGGCUGCCGCGGAGCCCGGGCUGGUUGAGGCGGGUAAGAGGAGCGCACGAGUGUGUGUGUGUGUGUGUGUGUGUGUGUGGUGUUGUUGUUGUUUAUUGUUGGGUUGGUUGGUGGAUAACUUUGCCGAUCUCCUAGGGGCUCCCCUUCCCCAGGAUCCAUGGAAUCAGCUCAGCCAAGCUAGAUUGGCACAGAUCACACUCACACACACCCCACCCGCCGCUUCCCCAGGUCCCGAGGAAUUCCCUGGGUUGGGGGAAGAAAUAGCCUGUCGAAGGAUAGAUGAAUUUGGCGCACGCGCGCGGGGUGGGGUGGGGGGCUUUUUGCACAAAGAAAGGUGGAAAGAACCAGCUGCAAGCGUAGCCCCUUUCACUGGAACGAAGCCCCACCGAAUUCAGCUGCACUUACUUCCGAGUAGACGUGGCCGGGAUCGCUCUGCUGAGUGCCGAUGUUCCGCGUUGUCUUGCGCAGCGCCUGGCGCACCUAGCGAGCCCAAUCCAAAAUGCGCAGGUGAUCUUGGCGACGCGUGACCCUUCCGCAACAUGUUGGCUUCUCUGGUCAUAGAAUCAUAGAAUUGGAAGGGGUCCCGAGGAUCAUCUAGUCCAACCCCCUGUAAUGCACGGGGAUCGAACCUGCAAGCUUGGCGUUGUCAGUACCGCGCUCUAGCCAACGACGGCCAAGGCGGCGACGCCCCGUACCUGGGAAUAAACCCCAUUGAAUUCAGGACGAGUGAUUUCAGAGCAGGCAAGGCUUAGCCUUGUGCCGUAUGCACCGGGCUGAUACAGCUGACCUGAAGCUACUUUGGUUAUCUGGAUGAGCUGGAGUGGCCCAGCCUUGGGGGCUUUCUCUGUCUCGUUCUCCCCACCCUCCCCUCCGCAUUUCAGCUGAGCAAGGAUGUGGCUGGCCGAAGGGCUCAAACUUCUUGUUGGGUCUUUUUUAGCAGCAGGGAGGGAGGCUGAGGUUGGAGAGUAAGGAAGAGAGGAUUUAGGGCCCUGGCUCCAAAUCUCCUCCUGCCCCUCCAGAAGGAUCACCAUGGGUUCUCCAAGAAACCCACUUUCAGGUCCAUUUCACACAAGUGUCCCCCUCCCAAUCCUUUUUUGUGUAAGGGUUAAAAAAAUUGUAAUCGAUGUUUAGAUUCUGUGAACCGCCCUGAGACCUGCAGGUAUAGGCCAGUAUAUAAAUUCAACAGAUAAAUAAAUCUAUUUUAAUAUUUUAAAUAGAUUUUAACUUUUCUGGGACAGGAGCCCGCCCUCUUUGGCCUCCCUAAAGUACCACUCACACUGAUGGUGCAAUAUUGACCAUGGCACUACGCCAUCAUUUGCAAAUAAUGUGCAUGUCUGCACAUGUUCGUGUUGGUAUGUUAAAAAAACACACAACGGACCACAGGGAACCACUGUCAAUUACAGGGGCAGGGAUGGACAUGCAUGCAGUCUUCACACCAUCCUUAAUAAUUGAUGCUAUUAUCACAGGGUUGCCAUAUUUCAAAAAGUGAAAAUCCAGACACAAAAGUUGUUGACUGUUUUUUGGCUAAGUUGGUGAGCUUUUUUGGGAAGGAGGGGGACUACGUUGGUGAGCUUUAUCGUUGUUGUUGUUAUUAUCAUCAGUGUGUGUGACGUGCUGCUUUUUAUACAUCUUUUCCCUGGCUCAGAGGUGACAUUCAUUUUGUGAAAUACCUCCCAAAGUCCUUGCCAGUCUUGCUUUACCUAACCCUUUGGGAUUAUUAACCCAUUGACACUGCAACCAGUGAUACCACUGGGACCGGGGGCGGGGAGCGUGCAAAAGGCAGGGAGCCCACCAGUAGUAGAGCGAACGAUGCAAUGAUAAAUGGAGCCGGAACCAACGACAGGCUGAGACAAUAAAUUCUAGAUUCACCACCAUCCAUCUCCCAUCUUUAGUUCCACAAAGGGCAUCACUGAGACUAAGGAUGACAGCAACUAAAACUGAUGGACUACGCAGAGAUGGCGAAACUUACCGGAAGAAUAAGUGAUCAAGUUGAGAGACUUUUUUUAAAAAACAGAAAAUGUGUUGAAUAUAUGAAGACAAUUAAAAGCAUUAACAGGAUUGACAUAAACCCAAGCAGUAAGAAAUAACUUAAAGGAAGUAUAAAGGAUACAUUUAUGAACAGGUUUGAAUUGGUGAUGCAGUACAAAAUAUGAUAUACAAAAUAAAAUUUAAGAAGAGACUUAAGGAUGAGGAUGCUGACAGGUUAUGCCAAUCUCUGGGCUGGUAAGAAGGCAGACAGGUGGGGCAGGCUGAGGUUUGUGGCACAACAUCCCAUUUGCCCUAAUGGGCCAGCCUUCACUGAGCGCUACAUCCUAUGGCAGCAAAGUCCAUGACAAAGGGCAUGCACUUGCAUAUUCUAAACCAUUAGCGCCAUGCACAUGCAAAGGUGACAGUGGUGUGAGUUAAAAAACAAAAGAGAAUGCAACAAGGGAAAAUUCAGCCAAACAGCAGUAUGCUACCUGGGAUAGCUCAGUCGGCAGAGCAUGAGACUUGUACCGUAUUUUUUGCUCUAUAACACGCACCCGACCAUAACACGCACAUAGUUUUUAGAGGAGGAAAAUCCGUAGGCAUGCCACCCAUAGGCAUUUCCUCCAUAACACGCACAGACAUUUUCCCUUACUUUCUAGGAGGAAAAAAGUGAGUGUUAUGGUGCAAAAAAUACGGUAAUUUGAAGAUUGUGGGUUCGAGCCCCAUGUUGGGUGAAAGAUUCCUGCAUUGCAAGGGGGGUUGACUAUAGAAGACCCUUGUGGUCAGGGCUGGAUUGAGGUUUGAUGAGGCCCUAAGCUACUGAAGGUAACGGAGCCCUUUAUAUAGCAGGUGGGGCCCAUUACUUACAUCAUAGGAGCCUACACAAUACAAAACACUGUUGCUCUAUGUAGGUUUUAUUUUAUUUGUUUUUUAUCUUAUAUUUUGGAAAUGUACAUCCAGGUUUUUUCCCCUUUAAAUUUGUUGGGGCCCCCCAAGAGAGCGAGGCCCUAAGCUAUAGCUUGUUUAGCUUAUACAUAAAUCGGGCACUGCUUGUGGUCCCUUCCAAUUCUACAAUACCACUGACCAAAUGCUAACCCAGCAAGUUGAGUUGGCGGAAGGAGAUUCUUGGGAUAUUUGAACUAAUCGUUUGAACUGCAAUGAGGUUUGUACAAUGACAAAGGAAAGCAGCAGCAAAACAGAAGGACCGUGAUUAUUUGAAGGAGGUCCCCAGGACACAGCGUCUGUGGCCAUAGGUAGAUUGAGGUCUACCAAGUGGCAUCUAGUUUUAUGUUGUUGGUGCUAAUGGUGAGGUGGUGAGCAUUGCAGGUAAGGAGCAAACCACUUGUGCUGCUAAUGGUCUGAAGGGCUAAAGGCAGUGGCAGACCUUGGCUCCUCAAAUUUCAGUGGCACCUUGUGCAACACCAAAAUCCAGCACCCCUGCCUCUCACCUUCCUUAGGGUGUCAUAGUUGCGGUGUCUGCUGCAAAGCCCCAAGAGUUCAGCACUCGGUGCGACCCGACCAAUCACGCUCCCCUUGAUCUGCCUUUGCUAAAGGACUCUUUUGGCUUGCUUAUGGUGCUUUCUUAUUGAAAGCUGGAUAACUGGAGUGUUAUUGUUGCAGUGCUGUUCUAUGUGCCGCAUAAAGUAUGGUAUGUGCUGUGCAUGAAAUAGGUGCUUUCUCAUAUUGGUGAGCAGAGGAUCAAGGCUCUGGGAAUAUCACCCCCCAAUUUUCCCAUUAAGCCUGUUUUAAGAAGUUAAGAAAAGACCUGCAGGAUCAUACCAAAGGUCUAUCUCAGGCAUAGGCAAACUCGGACCUCCAGAUGUUUUGGGACUACAAUUCCCACCAUCCCUGCCCACUGGUCCUGUUAGCUAGGGAUCAUGGGAAUUGUAGUCCCAAAACAGCUGGAGGGCCGAGUUUGCCUAUGCCGGGUCUAUCUAGUCCAGGCUUCUGUUUCACACAGGAACCGAUCAGAUGCCUUUCAGAAGGCCACAAGCAAAACCAUUGGGUCUCUCCUCAUGGUUAUUCACCAGUGACUGGUAUUCAGAGUAAGAUCAGAAAGGAAGAGCUGGACUUCUUGAGUAUUUUGAGCAACUUUAGGUUUCAUAUAAUUUACUUUUUCUUUUCAAAAUCCCCCUCCUCCUCCUCCCACACCCAUUAUUGCUUGUUUGGCUUUCACUGGUGAUACCCAACUGGGAAGAUAAAUCUAUGCUUGGCACCAUUCCUGUCUUCUCUGAGCUUCUGUGACCCACAUAAAUAUGUGAAUUUGGCAGGUUUGCUCCAAGGUUACCUGAGUUGAGGGAUACACUUUGAGCACAAUCUUAGCAAAUGUUUUGUGGAAAUCAAUGGCAGAUAGCAGUGCAGAGUCCUAUGCCUGUUUACUCAGAAGGAAAUCACAGUAAGUGGGCCUAGGGCUGCAGCUGUACAGUUCUUGCUGGAUGGCUGCUGAGUUUUAGGGAUCAGUGAAACAACAAUUAAAUAGUUAAGAUGAUAGAUGUAGUGCCAGGAGUCACAUGGCUUGGAGAAGAGAAAUGCAAGCAGACCACCACAGAGCUGAUAAUUUAGAAUGUUUAUUAAUAUAUUUACUUUAAUGCUAGCAAAAAAUAAGUUAAUAUGAGAGAAGUAAUUUCAUAUUAAUAAUAAAUUUAGGAUGAAAGGACAAUGUGAGGUUGCAGUUUUAGUCGUACACUUACCUGGGAGUAAGUCUUUCUGUGUAGACAUGCUAACAAUCCUAUAGCUGUUUUCUAGCAUUCAUUUUCCCCUUUGAGCCAGUGGCUGCCAAAACGGAUUGUAAAAUCUGUCCGAGUGACAUACAUUCAGAUGAAAAGCAACUCAUGAUUGAACUAUUACUGCCAUAGCUUAAUAAUGAUAGAAUAAUGGUUUGCCAGUGGACCUUAUGACAUUCCAUUUUGUCUUUGAAUUACAGUCUUUCAUAGCAGCGUAUUUACAUUGCAUUUUCCCCUUCCUCUCCUUGUGUUUGAGUGUUUCUUUGGUAUUGCUCAUGGAACAGAGCUCCUGUUUCAAGUGACAUAUCAGAUAUGAAUUACUAAAAGCAUCGUUUUGGAAUCUCAAGCGUAUUUAGAAACCGGGGCUUCAGUUCUGGAAAGACGUAUUCUCGACUUCCAUAUGUAAGAAUGUGACUUCCAUUAUAGGAAGCUGUCUCAUCCCUGAGUCAGAAAAUUGGCCCGCCUAACUCAGUAUUGUUUACAAUGACUGGCAGUGCUCACCAGAGACUCAGGCAGGAGUCUUUCCUGGACCUACCUGGAGAUGUUGAGGAUUGAACUGGAGCAAAUGAGGUCCUUGACCACUGAGCUAUGGCCAUCAUUGAACUAUGGAUGCGCUUUCAUUCUUGUGGGACACUAAUCUGGCUUGCUGGACUUUGCCAUUGCCAUGAGAGCUGACUGCGUGCCCUAGAAUGUGCCCAGUUAUUUUCCACUUUAUUGAAUACUGUGGGAGAAGGAUCAAUAGUUGCCUUUUUAAAAAAGCUUGCCUGCCAUUCCAUUGAGGGGGCAUCAUUUGAAAACCACUUGUUAUCUUAACCCACACAAUUAGUGCAACGAAUGCUUGGAACACCUUACCUAAACGCUUAGAACAUCUUCCUUGAAAUAGGUUUUAUAGUAAGGUUGCCAUAUUUCCCGGACAUAGCUGAAAUACAGCAUUCGGAACCAGUGACUGGGUGAAAAUUGCUUCAAUGUGUGGGAAAAUCCAGACAUAUGGCAACACAUGUUGGAAGUCUAGCUCAAAAAACGUCAUUUGUUUUAGAGUUUUUGCAAAAAAAUAAAAGGAAAAAAAAGCUCAACUUUUGUGUAUGGAUUUUCACUUUUUGAAAGAUGGCAACCCUAUUUUAUAGGAACAGAUGAAUUUUAAGCUCUGUGUAAUUCUCAGCUCUUGGGUAGCAAAAGAAGCAUCCUCUAAAAAUCUGAGCAAUAGGAUUAUGUUAACUUCGAGAGGAGUUACUACAGCUUCCAUCAACUUCUGUUCUGGUCUGCAACCCCUACCAGUCCCCUGCCCAUGCUAGCUGGGGCUGAUAGGAGUUGCAAUCCAAACCACAUUCAUAUACAGUGGUACCUUGUGUUACAUACGCUUCAGGUUACAGACUCCGCUAACCCAGAAACAGUGCUUCAGGCUAAGAACUUUGCUUCAGGAUGAGAACAGAAAUCGUGCUCUGGCAGCAUGGCAGCAACAGGAGGCCCCAUUAGCUAAAGUGGUGCUUCAGGUUAAGAACAGUUUCAGGUAAAGUACGGACCUCCGGAAUGAAUUAAGUACUUAACCCGAGGUACCACUGUAUGUUCAUCUUCACAUACACAAACUUUGCUGUUAAUAGCUGCAGUGGGAUCAGUCAGCCAUUUUGCACACCAGACUCCCAGUUUAAAGACCCCUUCUUUAGGUCAGUGGUCUAACGCUUAUAUUGAUGUGUUCCUCAGAAUAAUGUCGAAUGAGGCUAAUUAUUUGGAAGCACUGGCAAAUGAUGAAUUUAUAAUUAAUUGGUUGUUGUUGUUGUUUUUUAUUUAAAAAAGUAAGAAAAGAAUUAAGUUGUUCCUGAGAGAAUGAGAUCAUCAUGUAGAGUCAAGUUCACUUUGUUUCAAUGCCCCACAUCCUUUAGUUAGACCUUGAAGUUAGCGGUGCAACAAAACAGGAACUCCACCCUUGCUGUAUGAAUUGCAGAGCUGAGCUGCUAGCCUCUGACCAUCUGCCCAUUCUUCCUGUUAUGACAGAGCUCAUGAAUUUCUGUAUGAUGUGUGAAAUCCUUCCUAAUUUAACUCUUCAAAUGCACAACCCCUAUCCCAUUGACCUGCGUGGAUCAGGCAUGGGCGCAGAAUUUUCAUAUGAGUGAGUUAUGUAUGACACAUAUAAUCACAUUUUUGUUGAGUGUGUGUAAUUUGGCAUGUUCUUUGGUCUGGGACUGGGGCAACCCAGUCAGAUGGGCAGGGUACAAAUAAUAAAAUUGUUACUUUUAUUGUUGUUAUUUUGCAGGCUCAUCUGUUUCAUUGGAUCCACCAUCCCUUAGCAUCCAAAAAUCUGUUAUUACUGUGACAGCCAAUGAUACGCUACAAAUUAAUUGCAGGUAAGGCUGGGGCAUCACAUUGAUGGUUGUGUUUAUCUGAAUCACUUUCCGCCCCUUUUUACUGUGACUUUCUUUGCUAUCAUUGCAUAAUAGAUGAUAACUGAAAGAGAAGGAUGUAAACAAGGAACCAAGGGAAAUUCAAGUGUAUCUAAGCAUUCCUGGUUCACCUGUUUAAAGCUUUAGGGCAGAGGUGGGGAACCAGAGGCCUGGGGGCUACAUGUAGCCCUCUUGAGAUUCUCACUUAGCCACACCCUUCCUUGGCCCUGAUCUACCCCUUCCUUGAGCACUUUUGCGUGGCUGGAAUGUGUCUUUUAACUGACAAUGUCUCUUGCUGAUCCCCAUAUUGAGUAGGUCAACACAGCUCCCUGCAGUUUGGGACUCUUCUUUAGGGUGUGUGACUAUGGAUUCCCCUUGGGAGCAUUGCUAUGGGGUCUGCCAUGAUAAACUCCUGCAUCAUGUCAGAGUUUGCCAUUACUCAUACCUGUCAUUUGUUUCCACCUUAGUGGUGAAAGAGCUUUGGAAUGGCUUUGGCCUAACAACCAGACCAGUGCUGAAAACCGAGUGAUGGUGACAGACUGUAUAGACAAUGUCUACUGUAAGAUGCUCACUCUUACAAAAGUAACAGGCAAUGACACGGGAGCCUACAAGUGCCUUUACCAAGACAACCAUACAAUGUCAAGUGUGUAUGUUUAUGUGCAAGGUAGGUGCUGACUGUUUGGGAAGUUGAAGAUUAAAGCUGCAGUUCUAUACCUUUGCUUGUCUUGUUAGAGAAAUUGGACUUACAUCUGAGUAAACAUGUAUAAAGUUUUAAGGGGCUUCAUAGAGCCUCACACACCCACACUCUCUUGUGAGCAAAGAAACUUCUUUGUUGACCCUGGCAUUUCCUAUAGAGAGGACUACAGCUUCCAUUCUCAAGGCAGAUAAUGGGUGCUUGGGGCUUUCUAUAUUUAUGUUUAUAAUUGAUGAUCAUAGAAUUGUAGAGUUGGAAGGAGAUCAUCUAGUCCAAUGCCCGGCAAGGCAGAAAUAGGCAGCCAUCCCAUACAGGGACCAAACCUUGGUGGUCUCAGCACCACACUCUAACCAACUGAGCUAUCGAGGCUAAAUUUAUUAAAAGUUUCUAUAUAUUAAAAUAAUACCAAGAUGGUGUACAAUAAAACCACUCAGUAGAAAGCAACAAUUCAAAAACGAUUCCAUACCCAAUAAAAACAAUUCAAUAAAAGCUACAUAUCCCAAUCGCAGGAAUUAUUCGGUAUCAAAAUAAAUUGUUUCCUUGGUGCUUGUAAUCAGCAGUUAACACGGUAAGCUGGAAGAGCGGUAGCCGACCAAUAUACUGUAGUUGGGUUUAGCAGCAGUGGGUAAACAUUCUGGACCUGAAGGCUGCACCGCCAGGUGGUAGAUGUGACCAAACCCACAGCAUGUGUGCUGCUGCAAAGGCCACACACAUCACAUGCACACACCAGAGCAUGCAAACAUGCUGGUGUCUGCAUCAACCACACAUGGACAUAGGCCAGACACAAGGCCUACCUAGGAGUUGGUGCAGGCCCAGUGGGGCACAAAAAUCACGCCUCUUCAUUCUGUCUCAGCUCCUCUGGCAAGAGAGCAAGGACGCCUCUGGCCAGACAGGAUGUAGAUCACUCUUUCUCCCAUCCUCAGAUCAAUCAUCCGGUUAGCAGGGGAAUGAGGUAAUCUCAGUCCUAAUCAUUGUGUUCAGCCGGGCAGAGAGUGCUAUGAUCAGGAUACAGAUUUGUUGGGGGUUCCACCUGCCAUUAGCUCCCCUGUAUUAGAACUCCAACCUCCUAACACGGAAUCACUCGUUUACACUGUUGUAUAUCAUUUUGCUUUUAAAAUUAAGAAGUAUUUGCAAACUGGUUGUACUGUAUUUAUCUGAUCCCCACCCCCUACCCCCUGCAGAUGUUACAGACCUUCCCGAUGGCCGGUCUCCGUUUGUGACUUCCGUUAGUGAUCAGAUUGGUGUGGUAUAUUUAACUGGAAACAAAACUGUGGUGGUACCGUGCCUUGGCUCCACGUCAAAUCUGAACGUAUCUCUGUAUGCGGUAAGUCAAAGGAAUUGCUGCCUUUUGUCCAUUGUUUUAGUAGUUCUCACUCAUGGCAUCUUGAAGGGUACCAGAGCCAUUACCAUCCUCCCAUUGAUGCUGAGCUCAUUGGAGUGGGGAUGGAGUAGGGCAAGGAGGCAGUAGCCCCACAUGUUCACAUGCACUGUCACCCAAGAGCUUUUCUGACCUAACCCCUUCCUCCUUGACCUGUCCCAUCCUUGUUCCAACAAAUGCAGUGCUGCCACCAGAAAAGCACCUGCUGUCCCCAUGACUAAUUGCUGCUGACACCUUCACACUUUCUUUACAUUUGGAGGAGGGGUUGAUGGCAAGAGACUAUGUUAGUGGGUGGGAUGAGAAUGUGGUGGACAACUUGGACAUCCUUUCAAUUCUCUGAGACAGUUUAACCGAUUGAUAUAUCCUGGUGUCCAUGCAGAAGUACCCGGAGAAAAUAUUUGUCCCUGAUGGCAAAUCGAUUACAUGGGACAGUCAGAAAGGCUUCACUAUUCCCACCAACUUGAUCAACGAUGUGAGCAUGGUCUACUGCAAAGCAAAGAUAGAUGGCAAAAGUUACCAAUCUGUGAUGUACAUUGUGGUAGUUGUAGGUAAGCCAUUCUGUGGCCAUCUUAUUUGUUAUUUACAUUUUGUUUAGCUUAAUGGAAGGGGGUUCAGCAGAACAGCAUGAAGUUGUGUUGCUUAACGUAACCAUCAUCUUUCUAAAACUAAAAUGGUAUGGAUUUCAACUAAUGUGGCUGUCCGAUACUGUCUGGGUGAAAGUCAGACGAAGAAACAUGUCAGGGUACUGCCAUCGGAACAGGGUAGGGAAGCGGAGGGGCAGUUGGGUUACAGGGAACUUCUCAAAAUCUUGCGAAGCAGUUCCUCUUCCUGUGGUGAGGAAAGCCACACCUCUAGUGGGGAAGAGGGGAAAGGGCCAGAGGAUCCUGCUGGGAGCCUCAGCACCGCUCCUGGCCAAGCUGGCCAGGAGGGAAGCACGCCUCUUCCAUUGCCCACCCUGCACAGAGGUGUAAAACGCAAAGAAGGAAGGAAAAGCUGGGGGUGACGAAGCUCUUAUUUUGGGGGAGAUCCUGGAAACAACCACUCCCGGAUUCUGCUGGCGAUUGAGGCAGACAUGAACUUGUGGCUCUGCACUGUAAAUAGUUUUGCACCAAAAUGAAACCUGUAAAAGACAGGUCUGAGUCCUGACUGAUUACUCACGAGCAACCACCACUGUCAUCUGACAAAACCCAACCAGUGGUGUGCAGUCAGUGGACUAGGCUAGUCCCCUAAAUGUUCCUCUGGCACCUCAUUCCCAAAGCUUGGGAAGCUUCUGGCCGGCUUAGGGAGGGAGGUGCAAUGCUCACACGUGAAACAUCCCCCCCAUCACCCUCUCAAGCUGGCGCCUCUAGCCCUAACUGUUCCCCUAUGAAAAAUUUCACCGCAUGUCACUGAACCCAACCACAUUCCUUAAAUUAAUGCGAAAACCAGCAGAGGAGAAUCUCUGAUCUGCCAGGCCUUCUGAUUGGGCCGAGGCUGUUUUUUCCCAAGUGAUGACCACCUGCUGUACGCCUGAGGAUCAGCUGGUUGUCAGGGCUUGCAAAGGCCUAGGCACUGUUUGAGUGCCUCACUUGUAGUUCUAUAAAUCAUUUAAUGUGUCGACACGAAUAGAAGUUAUUAAUGUUGCAGUUGUUGUAUAAGGGAUUAUGUAUUAUGUUGCAUAAGGGAAUGUAAUUGAAAUUAAUAAGAUUUUGGAACGCAGAAAUAAAGAAAAUAUUCAAACCAUCAAUUCGGUAUUUGAAUGAUUGGUAUUAGUAAUUGCAUUAUAAUUUGGUACUAUUAUAUUGAGGCUAUUAUUGGAUGGUAAUUGAAAAUUAAUAAAAAUUAUUAUCAAAGCAAAGGCCUAUGCACUCUGCUUUGCAAGUGCUCUGUCAGGGCACAUGGUUUUAAACCAUGGAGGCAAAAAUGAGUUCCUGGUGUAAUUAUGACACCAGGUGUGUGGCAGGUGGGCAGAGUGGUAGCUUUGGGAAGUGAGCCUUGACAGAUUUUAUGGCCAAUUGGAUUUGCUGGGUGAUAUGAAACUUACCAUACUCAAAGAAGACCCACUGAAAUCCACAAACUUAGUCUAGUGCAUUUAUUUCAGUGUGUCCUCUCUGAGUGUAACUGAAAAUAAUCAGCAGUAAGAUCAAUCCAGGCCCCACUUCCCAAACCCCCUCGUUUAUCUGAAAUUUCACUGUCUUGGUUGCCUCCCAAAAUGGAGACAGUUUUACAAUGUGGCUUUGGUUCAACUUGUUAUUCCUUCAUUUUCCCCUUUUCUACUCAGGAUAUAAAAUUCAUGACCUUAUUAUGAGCCCUCCUCACCAGGUAGAGCUGGCUGCAGGGGAGAAGUUAACGCUAAACUGCACCGCAAGGACUGAGCUGAACGUGGCAAUCGUGUUUGCAUGGGCCUACCCAUCAAGCAAGACGACAGCAAGCAAGGUAGCGUCCCUUUAAAGAUAAAACUCGUGGAUUGAAGCCCAAAGGGUUGCCGGUCCUUUGCGUUGUUGCUGCCUAGCUCUCAGAAAUGCAUGGAUAACAAUGAUACACUUGGGAUCAUUAGAGCUCCCAACUUUGGGAUGAUUUGUGUGUAACUUAGCGGCAGUCACUGAAGCAUUUUCUAGUAGGAAUUGCCUUAGCAUCGUGGUGAGAGGAAUGACUGCCCUCCUCAAUGGAAGCUGCGGAGCACCUCAGCCAGCCCCAUGCAAGUGUGCAGUUGGUAACUGGCUAGCUGCUUUGUUGACAUCAUCAGUCUGCACCCAUGCCAGAAACAGCUAGACAGUCGGCAACCACCACACACUCAUACAGGGAUGGCUGAUUCACGUCCUUCCUCCAUUGCUGCCUUCUCAGCGGCACCAGUAAUGCUUGGAAUUCCUUUCCUUCCUGAGGGUAGACAAUAAUUCCUACUAACAUAGUGUUCCAUCAUAGUGCUGGAGAAGAUAUAUUCAGAAAAGCACAUGGUGCUAAGAGUAAGGGCAACCAGAUGCAAAAGAGGACAUGUUUCAUAGUUGUUUAAUAGCUGUUGAGGCCAUUUUCCCCCCACAAGUGCAGAUGUUCAAACAUAGUACCUUCUACAGAAAUCUGAUCUUUCUGCACAGUUGCCAAAUGGUGGUAGCAGUAAGUUCACAAAAGUUACUGGUGUUGCCAGUCCACCUGGAUAUGCAUUUCCAAUAUAAAUCAUUAGUGGCAUGCCAACAGGAAACCCAUUUUUUAUCCAGAUUGCAAAAGCAUCCGUACCUACUCCCCUGGGAACAAUCUUUGUUCACCCGGGUGAGUAGCUGUUUACAGAUCUGCACAGGAGCCCUAUCGUCCACCCCAUCUUUUCAACGUAGAAAAAAGUCCUCUACAUUUUAUGUUACAUGGGUGAGAGGAGGCUAAAGAGGUGAUGUUGAAAUCAAUCCCUUUGAACUCCGUUACAGAAAAGCCAUGCUGUAAUCAGGGAUGCAAAGACUUCAACUGGUAGCGAAGGGAAGAAGACGUUUGUGAGCACUCUCACCAUAGACCACGUGACCGUAAAUGAUGGCGGUCAAUACAGCUGCACCGCCUCCAGCAGCAGUAUGACUAAGGAAAACAGUAUUUAUGUCAUCGUUCACGGUAAGGCAUCCCCCUAGAUUUGAUACUUGUGCAAAGAAGAUUCUGAGGGAGAAGAGACUCUGAUUUAAAUAAACCACUAGUAAAAUCAAGACCAGUAAACAAUGACAUGUUCGGGUGGCAACACUCGCCUGAUCUCUAGCUGGUUGGGUCGCUGAUGGCAGGUAGAAGAGAAGGGGAUGAGUUGACAGCAAGGUUGAUGCGGUGCAAACAUGUUGGCGGGAGCACCAGAUUGGCUCUGCUGGCGUGUUUGCGCUGUGCUGAACUUGCUAGCCUCCCCUUCUGCCUCUUGGUAAACAGUAGGUGACACAGCUGACCUGAGGUGAGCAGGACCACUAUGCUGAUUGAGAUAGCUAUUAAACCAAAGUCAAGGAUUUCCUCAAUCUUUUAUAAUUACAUGCUUUGUUUUUGGAAGAAAAUGAGCUGGAAACAAUGGAGAUGUAAAGUACAAUCCUAUAGGCCCAGCAGGGAGAACCCCUGUCCACUGGGUCAAGUUAGUCCACCAGACCAUCCCACAGCCAUGCACACCUAAUGUGUGGCAGGUGAGGCCAUAGUUGCAAAGGAACAACUGGGGGUUGUUUUCCAAUUGAAGCCAAUCCCUGUUUAUUCACCUUUACUCAGCCAACUAUUGUUUUCACCGCUGCCAUGCAUGGUUGAAAUGAACAGGAGAAGCAGACCCAAAUUUCUGGAUAAUACUGAGGGUUGUAUUUAAUAAAGAUCAGAAUAGAUCCAUUGAAAUUAAUGGACCUCAGUUAGCUCUGCCGUUGAAUUUAAGUGGACUUUCUUUGAGUAAGAUUCUACUCUAAAUGUUUAAAUAUCUUCAAAAAAGCACAGUGGGACGAUAUGGAACCUUGCAAGAUACACCUGGACAAAUUCCUUAGUUCCUCCUUCUCUCCCCUGUGUAAUGUAAUAAGGAAAUGCAUGCUGUGAUGUCAUGGCACUCCCCCAUGGCUGCCAAUGAUGCAGAGCAGGUGUUGAGAAAGGCAUAUUAGGACAAUUGUGUUGGGCUUCCAGAGUACAGAAGGUUCCUCUUGUUCAAUAGAGGUUGCCAUUAGUCUCAAUUUUAAAAAAAUCUACGUACAAUAAGAAAACCUCUACUUCUGGAAAAGAAGAAAUCUGCUAUCUAAAAACUCUUGCUGCCUUCUUAAAUUCCGACAGAAAAACCUUUCAUCGUUACGGGCAGAAUGCAAUCUUUGGUGGAGACAAGACUGAAUGAGCCGGCUAAGAUUCCUGUGAUAUUCAAAGGGUACCCACCUCCAGAUGCAAAAUGGUAAGAAUUGGAGCAGGUUAUAAUAAGAGAGCCAAAAUUGCAUAAUGCAUCUGGAUAUACAUUGUCCAGAAGAAGACACUGCUUUGCAGAAUGCUACUUAUACAACUGCUUUGAAGGUUUUUUGUUUGUUUUUACAAUCAAGCAGUAUAUAAAUGUUAUGCAAUAAAUAAAUAAAUACAUCUAAAUGUAAAGCUUUCCAAAUAGAGGACUGUCUUCUAUAAAGAAGGGCACAUGGAUGUGAGAAUCCCCAUUGAGCCAUGAUGAAUAAUCCUACCUUGCAGGACUACUAUAAGAAUAAAGAGUUUCUUUAUCCCUGAGAUCUCCAGAAAAAAAUGUAGGAUAUCAACAGAGGCUUUUAACCUGACCUUUGAUAGUUAAGAUAUUUAGCUUUCUGGGAUCCACCUCCUUUUGAUGACUCUAUACUGUUCGCUCAUUAUAAUGGUUUUAUGCAGCUUACUGGUUUUUAUAAUUGUAAUUGUUUCAUGUUUUUAUAACUCUAUUUAAUAAUGCUGUAACUCAUUCCUGGGACUUUAUGAAGAGUGGGCAAGUAUUCUUACAAUGAAAUAAUUCAGUAAAUCUAUUCUGCCUAAUUACAUUCUAUUUUUUAAAGCCCACCAAGCAAACACUUACGUCUUUGUUUGCUUGUUUGUUUGCAGGUAUAAAAACGGAAAACCCAUAGCUGCAAAUCGAACGCUUAAACUCGGUUACUCCUUGACAAUCACCGAAGUGAGCGAGAGAGAUGCUGGGAAUUAUACCAUCAUUCUGACCAAUCCCAUUAACAAAGAGCAAGAGAAGCACACCUUUCAUCUGGUUGUGAAUGGUAAAUUCAUCUCUCCUAAAUCUUUGUUUUCUUCAGAGGGAAAUUCUGCGUCCACCGAAGUCAGUGACAAGCUGCCAAUGUGUGGGCAUGCUCUGUUUACAUCAGGUGCUGUGGGGAGUGGCUUUUAUGUGCAUGUCUUGAUAGGUCAAAAAGUUGGAAUGGUGCCCCUCAGAAUGCAGAGCUAUGGCUACCAAUCAUUAUUACCCUAAGGCAGAGAUGGAUGCAGCUCUUAAUUUUGAUUUCUCUCUGUUUCUCUCCCCCCCGCAAUCAAUUGUUUGGCAUGCAUUUCCCUUAAUAUACAAUUUUUGCAUGCAAUUUUGCCUAGUUCAUUUUUUUCCUAAGCAAUUUUCUCUAAUGCAAAAAUUUUUUGUAUUCUAUUUUCCCAAAUAUAUGCAUUUUUUGUGCAUUAGUAAUCCUAAUAGGAUUUUCCUACCUUUUUUGGGGGGUGGGGGUGGAGAAAUGUGAAUUUCAAAGAAGAGUGGUUCUUUGGUUCACACAUUGUUUGGGGAAGCUUGAAUUAGGUAGAUUUGCAUUAAAGUGCAGAGCGAACCAAUUUUUCCCCCUCUUCCCCACCUGGGGUUUAUUAAAAUAACCAUCCCAUUAACACAUUUUCUAGAGUGGUUCUAAACACAGCAAUCCAGUUUCAUUUAUUUAUUAAGCACAUUUAUAGCCCCACUUCACAGGCUAAAGCUACCAAAGCAGUGUACAUGGUGUACGGAACAGAAUAAAAACACAGAAACUUAAACUCUAAUCUGUUAAACAAACUCUGAAAGCAACAAAACAAUUUUGUCAGAUAUAAAAUUGAACUUCUAUAAACUACACGGUUUGCACCUCAGAGAAAGCUCUCCUAAACAACAACAAAAAAGUCAUCAAUGGGUGCCUAAACAUCAUGCUAGGCACCUGUCUAAUUUUGGCUGGUAACUGAUUUCUGAGAGCUGGAACUGCUACACAAAAUCCCAGUUUCUAGUACAAGCUAAAGCACACUUCUGGGGCAUCUGGUACUCUCAGCAGUGCCCCAUCUGAUGAGCACAGUUGCCAGAGAUACAGUGGGCAAGCUGGGUUCCAAGUUGCUAAAAGCAGAACCUCGAACUGUGCCCAGUAGCACAUUGGCAGUAGUGUUGGGUGCCGAAUCAUUGACUCACUAAGCCUUCUGCUAUUCUAUUUUUUCACCACACCUCUCUUUGUGUUGCCUCAGACAGGCAACAAAAGCUGUUGGUCUCUCAAACCCCAGGUGGGCUGCCAUCCAUUGCGCUUAUUUUGCUUGACUCCAACAUCCACCUCAGUUUAUUUAUUUGGAAGACUUUUGAUUAUCCAGUUGUUUCACAAAAGGAUUAUUUUUUCCAUCGCACUCUGUGUGUGUAUGUAGGAGUUGCCUUUGUGUCCUGCUCUUUUCCUGUCUUCAUUGCUCUCCCUGACUUCCGCACAUCGCGUGUCCUUCCCCUGCUGUCCUCCUGAGUCUCGCCCAUCCUUCCUGACACCCCCCAACUGCCCCGUUCAGCCUCACCUCCUCAAAUUCCCCCUUCAUUUGGCUGCACAGGAAAUAUUUCUCCCUGCUGCAUCAAAAGUAUCCUUUUUUUUUUUAGCACAAUAGUAUCCCUUGGGUUAUAGGGACACGGGUGGCGCUGUGGUCUAAACCACAGAGCCUAGGGCUUGCUGAUCAGAAGGUUGGCGGUUCGAAUCCCCGCGAUGGGGUGAGCUCCCUGCGCUCGGUCCCUGCUCCUGCCAACCUAGCAGUUCGAAAGCAUGUCAAAGUGCAAGUAGAUAAAUAGGUACCGCUCCGGCGGGAAGGUAAACGGCGUUUCUGUGCGCUGCUCUGGUUCGCCAGAAGUGGCUUAGUCAUACUGGCCACAUGACCCGGAAGCUGUAUGCCGGCUUCCUCGGCCAAUAAAGUGAGAUGAGUGCUGCAACCCCAGAGUCAGCCACAACUGAACCUAAUAGUCAGGGUUCCCUUUACCUUUACCUUUAUCUCUUGGGUUACUGUCAAACAGUGAUGGUAGUUUUGUGUCCUGUGUUUUGAAGAACACUCUUCCCUUCUUUUGUAACUGCUCGCUGCGAAUCAUUAGUGAUUGCCAGAACCCACAAAUGUAAUUGUCUUUCUUUUCCUCCUGCAGUUCCACCUCAAAUUGGGGAGAAUGCCCUUCUAGCCCCUGUGGAUUCAUAUAAGUAUGGUUCCACCCAAGCCAUAACAUGUACGGUAUACGCUGUUCCAGCCGUGGCCAGGAUUCAGUGGUACUGGCAGUUUGAGGAAGAAUGUACUUUCAACCCACAGUAAGUACAACAUGACUUGCCAUUGAUUCAACCCUAAAGUUGGUAUUGCUUGGAGAAAAAGCAAAAGGGUCCAACUACUUUAGUAUCUAAGGGUCGCGGGUGGCGCUGUGGGUUAAACCAUAGAGCCUAGGAUUUGCCGAUCAGAAGGCUGGCGGUUCGAAUCCCCGUGACGGGGUGAGCUCCCGUUGCUCGGUCCCUGCUCCUGCCAGUUUGAAAGCACAAAGUGCAAGUAGAUAAAUAGGUACCACUUCGGCGGGAAGGUAAACGGCGUUUCCAUGUGCUGCUCUGGUUCACCAGAAGCGGUUUAGUCAUGCUGGCCACAUGACCCAGAAGCUGUACACCGGCUCCCUCGGCCAAUAAAGCAAGAUGAGCGCCGCAACCCCAGAGUCGGCCACGACUGGACCUAGUGGUCAGGGGUCCCUUUACCUUACUUUAGUAUCUAUUUUUCCUGGUUUGGAUCCAGUGCGCCAAAGAGGCUGCCUUAUCCCUUUAUAACAAUCCAUAAGAUCAGCUGAGAGUGCUCUCUCUUGGAAUGCUAUCUGUAUGCCAAAUCAGAAAUCUCUGAGAAGCGCUGGCAGUGUUAUCAUGUUACCUAUCUCUGGCUCCCCAAAUUUCAUGGGGCAUUAUUACCUGCAUCAGCGGCCUAAUUCAGACAUGCGAGGAUAUCAUGGUUUCUAGCUAGGAAAGCAAGUCACAGUGAGUGUUGGGUUGGUGCAUUCUUCAUUCCUCUUCUUUAGCGAGCCUCUUCUUUCAUCUGCUUCAGGUUUCACCCUAACCACAGUGUCUGGUGAAAUCCAAACUCUCACCUCCUAUUUAUCCUCAUCCCUAGAAUGCACGCCAAAGAUGUUUCUUUCAAUUUAUUUUGCUGUACCUUAUUCACUGAAAUAGCUCUUUGGUGCAGUGAAGUGGGAAAGUAAAACCUAACUUUGGGCUAGACUGGAGGAAGAGCAGAGGCUGUAUAAAAAUAUUCAUUUCCACCCCUUCCUGGCAGUCGACACAACUUCCUCCAGCUCCUUUAUGACUCUGUGAAUGCGAAGCACUUGGGAAUUGGUUCCAGCAACACAGGCAGCUAAACACCCAAAUAUUUUCACUCUCAAGGGCAAAACAUGCAUCAUAGGAGUCUCUAAAUGUGUAUCUAUCACAUGCUUCUCUGUUAAGUUUGGGAAGUGUUAUUUUUAACUGAUGGCUUAGUGCACUGUUGGGAUUAUUUGUUUGCUUGUUUUAAGCUGAUAUAUAUAUAUAUAUAUAUAUAUAUAUAUAUAUAUAUAUAUCCCCCAGCCUUCUGUACAAAGUUGCUCAAGAUGGCUGACAGUACAAAACCCACAAAACAAUUGUUUUAAAAAGAUAAAAAGCUACUAAAUAUUUAGGAAAGUUGUCUGUUCCCUGUGUGUUUGGACACUCCUUAUGAUAUCAUAACCAAAUUUUGCAUGAUGGUUCCUGAGAUCAAGGCAUGGAUUGUUGUCUGUUUGGAUACAAUGGGAAACCAUUUUGAAUCAAGAUGGCAGGCUGAACCUUUCAAAACUCUACUAUUGUUAAGCAUUUAUUUCUAAACUACACUGAUUUUUGUGUGUGGCUUCUUAGAAUUCCUGAGCAAUGGUGUUAGCAUUUAAUAAGCAAAACUCUUAUGCUUUUACCCACAGUCCUCCUGGGCUAUGGCAAACCCUCCAACAUUUCUCUGAUGAAAAUAGGGUCAUCCCUUUCCAUAAUGAAAAUGUUACUAUUUAUAUCCCACACAUCUUACUGGGUUGCUCCAGCCACUCUGGGCCGCUUCCAACAUAUAUAUAAACAUUUUUAAAAACCUUCCCUAUACUGGAUUGCCUUCAGACGGCUCAGAGGUUGGAUAACUCCAUGUCCUCCAACAUUUCUCCAAUGAAAAUAGGGACAUCUUAAGGAAAAGUGGGACAUUCUGGGAUCAAAUCAUAAACUGGGGUGGCUUCUGUAAAUCUGGGACAUCCCUGGAAAACAGGGACACUUGGACGGUCUGGCUACAGUAAUGCAUUCUAGUUAAUAGUGUAAUCAUAAAGAUAUGUGUACUUCAAAGUACUUUAGCUCCCUGGGACUUAGUCCCUUUAGCAAGUGGGAUUCCAACAGUAGCCCCAUCGGCACAACCCAAAAUUAAAGCAAUCUAUAGGAUUGCUGUCAAUUGUAUUUAUGCAGUAUAGGAUUUUAACUCUGGACAACAGCCAACUCGCAAUUUUGUUGUUGUUGUUUGUACUCGUGACAAAUCUGUCUGUUUUCUUUCUCUGAUUUCCCUUAUGGCGACCCUCUGCUGAAUUUGACACUGUGCCUUAUCUCUGUGAAAGGGCAUCUCAGAGGAAGUGCCUUGACUGAUGUUGGGGAUGAUAGAAAGAGCUUCUGACCAAGGGCCACUCCACUUCCCUUAUCUGAGCUUCGCACAAGGCCAGACUUCCUUUCGGAUUAUUAUUAUUUUUUCAAGAAAGAAAGAAAAAGGAGUCAGCUUUCCUGUUGUUGUUUUAAAAAACGACUUCCACUAUCUUCUUCCUUUGGUGCUAGUUAUUUCCUGCACAAGCCCCAGAAUCCUAAAGAAAUACUUUUAAGGAAUCCAGUAAUUUCUCUGUUGCUCUCUGUCUGCCUUUAGAACGGAAUCAACUCAAAUUGUCAAAGUUAUGGAUCGGCGUUUGUUUCCAGAAUAGCUUCUUGCCCUCCCAUCAGUAUCCUGAUUGAAUUGACCUAGUUAGUGGUCUCAUGUGGGACUUUACCUCUAGUCUAGGCCCUGGGAAUUUCUAUUCUUAUACCAGCAGCAACAUCUUGGGAGGUUGUGUAUAUAGUUUGAGUAUAUAGUUCUUUAUUACAAAUAGGUUCUGCAACAAAAAGUUGCAGUGUAUCCUCUCCUCCUGAGUAGAAUAACUUCUGUUCAGGAGGCCGGCCAGCCAGCCUGGGCCCUCCUUCAAGACAUUGCAAGCCAGGUAUCUUCAACCUUUUCAGACCCAGGAUGCACUUUUAACCCAAACAUGCAUUUGGGGACCCAUUUCUUAAUAUUCUUCCAUAGUAAACUAAUGUUCCUGUAAACUAAUGUUCCAUAGUAAACUAAUGUUCGUGCAUCAUGCUGUGACUGGCUAAUGGGUCCCGACCCACCACUUGAAGCUAGAUAGGAAUCACCCUUCCUCCAGUUGAGGGGUUUUCUUUUCAAAUGGACACUCAAAGUCCAUGGUCCUAGGAAGCCACUGGUCUAGCUAAGGCCUCAAUUCGCUGUUCUUUUUGAGUAUGGUACUCCCUUUGUUGCUUACUCCAGAGUUCACCUGUCCAUGCUGAUCCACCCCUCUUAUUUCUUAUCAGCUCCGUUAUGGCUCCUGUCUUGUUGACACUCAGCCACCUGAGUUCAAUAUAAGAGGGACUGAUGUUCAUUUCUCACUCCUCCUUCACAGCUUUCUUAGGGAGUCUAGUGGCCUGUAAUCCAAGUCUGCAGUAUCAGAAAGUUCUGUCCCGGUGCCCGAUGUACCUGUCUCUACCUUAUGGGCAUACAUCUUGGGUAUUUGUUGAUACGAACAACCGGAAACUUGAAGGGUCAUGUUUGUUUAUGUGUUCUUUUCCACUCAGCCAAGCUGGACUGGGGAACAAUCCUUACGCCUGUAAGAAGUGGAAAGACAUAAACGACAGAAGAGGUGGAAAUCGAAUUGAAACAGAAAAAACACAGUUUGUCGCUAUUGCUGGGAAAAUGAAGGUGAGGCAGUCAUUAUCUAGCUCUUAUUUGAAAUUCAGGGUAUUAAGGAGUGUGGUCAUGAAACUGAGAGCCGUGUGGUCCAGUGAGGGAGACUUGGACAAUGGAGACUUGGUGUAAAUCCCAGCCCUGUUAUAUGUCAAGGUGGCCUCAGGUUCUCUCUUUCAGCCUCAUUUUUUCACCUGUAAAAUGGGACAGAUAUUGGUGUAUCUUGUAAUCUUGUGUGUAUUUACUCUGAAGUACAUUCCAUUAAGUUCAGUGGAACUUGUUCGCAAGUAAGCAUGCAGAGGAUUGCACCUGUAAUAUUUUAAUAUAAAUCCCUAAAAUGUGUCAACACAUGCUUUGAAAUGCACGAUAAAAAUGAGCAAACAAAUUGGGGGAAGACAAGGUAAAUACAAUUACAUAUUAGAAUUAGAAUUGCAAAUUAUAAAAGCCUUCAGAGGUGGAAAUGUUUAAAUCAUGGCAGGAGGGAUUUCAAAGUUAUUUAACCGCAGCUUACUGUAUGUGGACGGAACACGGGUGGCACUGUGGGUUAAACCACAGAGCCUACGGCUUGCCGAUCAGAAGGUCAGUGUUUCGAAUCCCACGAUGGGGUGAGCUCCUGUUGCUCCGUCCCUGCUCCUGCCAACCUAGCAGUUAGAAAGCACGUCAAAGUGCAAGUAGAUAAAUAGGUACCACUCCGGCGGGAAGGUAAACAGCGUUUCUGUGUGCUGCUCUGGCUUAGUCAUGCUGGCCACAUGACCCGGAAGCUGUAUGCCGGCUCCCUUGGCCAAUAAAGCGAGAUGAGCACCGCAACCUCAGAGUCGUCCGCGACUGGACCUAAUGGUCAGGAGUCCCUUUACCUUUACCUACUGCAUGUGGAACUAUGAUAAAUGGUAUUUGACCCUUCCUUGGAAGACUUAACAGCACAAUCCUAGGCCUCUUCCCAUUGACCAGGCUCACACAUGUAAUGCUAAGACGUAGUGUGAGAGUGGUGGUUCCUGAAUAGGAGAUUGCAGCUGCUUUGCUCAUUUUCUUUUCCCACUCUGUCUGUGCUCCUGUGAGUGAAUUAUUAACCCUCAAGGAACAUAGGAAGCUGCCAUAUACUGAGUUAGACCAUUGGUCUAUCUAGCUCAGUAUUGUCUACAUUGAUUAGCACAGGCUCUCCAGGAUUUCCCUGUCGUAUCUGAAGAUGCUUGGGAUUGACCCUGGAACCUUUUCAUGCAAAGCAGAUCCUCUACCAGUGAGCUUACAGACCUCCUCCUAAGUGUGUUUAGGGUUGACGUUUAUGGCUGAAAUCCUAAGCAGGCAGUACAUUCUGUUGAAGACUUUGGUAUAAAUAAGCUUAGUGAUGACCAUCAUAUUACAGAAAGAAUGCUGGAGAAAGUUGUCUAUUUUCAGUUUUUCUUGAUUCAAUAUCUGUACUGACAACAAGAUCUGUGUUGGCCAUUGUAGGAGGAUGGUUUAGGAAGGUUAAACAGUUUCACUUUUGUUUGCCAAAAUGGGUAACCAGCUGGGCAAGGAAGCUUCAGAGACCUAAAACAAUGGUUUGGCUGUGUUGCCUUGGGAUUUAUGAUAGCCUAUAGCUCCAUGGUGAUAUAUUCGGCUGACUUACUGUGUGAGAUUUAACCAAAGCCUUUAGUGCCUGUGAAGUAUGUAAUGGCUCGACUUGUUCUCUUGUAGACUGUAAGCACCCUCACAAUUCAAGCAGCAAAUGUAUCUGCUUUGUACAGAUGUGUGGCUAGUAACAAAGUUGGAGAAGGCGAGAGGGUCAUUUCCUUUCAUGUUACCAGUAAGUAUAGCUCAAUGAUUGCCUGGCCAUUGGCAAAAUGGAUAUGUGUUUCAUUAAUGCUGCCAGUGUAUAAAAAUGUCUCCUAAAUAUAUGUAAGACUGCUAGGAUAUGUGCAGGGAAGUUCAACGUUCGCACUAGAUUUUCUUUUGAAACUUGUGCUAUUUACCAUUUCCUUUAAAAAUAAUGAUAUCCUAGAAUGGUUCUGUGGAAGUGUUGUUUGUCUUUAGGAUCAUUUUUACUCUUUUAAGAUGGAAACCGAACUUUGAGCACUCACUUCCUAUUCUGAUUGUGAAAUGUGAAACGUCAAUUAAAAUUACGAUUUUGAUGUAGCAAAACAGAAAACGGCACUUCUAUAUGAGCCAUCAUGUUAAAGCUGGCGUAACUUCGGUGAGAGUAAUCCGGGAUUGGAAACAGAUUUUUACUCCUAAAUUAUCCAUGGUACAGAUGCAGAGGUAGAGCAGGAUUGGAUCUGACCCAAGCAGUAUCUCUGAUAUACUGCCAAGUCCAGGAAUGCUAUAGUCAGUGCUGACCAUGGAUCCAGUUGCCCCUUUCUCCCCAAAGAGGAAUUCAGUCACUCACUGCCCACUUUGGACAGAAUGAUAAGCCAUAGUUUAUUGUUAUGAAAAUGAUCGGCAGCAAAGCUCAUGCUCAUGCAAUCCCCUUCUCCCCUUUACUCCUCUGGCGUGGCCAGGAAGAGGAGUUUGGAAGCUUUCACAUCUUUUUUUUAAAACAGCCACAGUUAGGUAUCAUAUCCUAACUCAGACAAACUGCAGUUAGUCUUAACUAACCAUGGUUAAGGUUUAACACAGUUUAGAGUUCAGAGGUAGAGUGCUAUUAACUGUGGUUCAUUGAAAUGGGAAUCAAAAGCUUCCCAUCUCCUCAUGGGUUAAAGGAGGAGAGCAGGGUGGACGAUCCCCAGACAUUGCUUAUUGUUGCAUUCAUACCAGGCCUUUGUGUGAGGUAGGAAAGAUCUAGUGAUUGGAGUUACCAAGGGGUGGAGCCUGAUUAGAAGUAUGUGGUUGUCUGUCUUUACAUGUAGUCUUCUCACAAACACUGUGGUGGAAGGGCAAAUUCAUUUUGACUGUUUUGGGUGCUACACUAUUCAUUAAUGAGUACAGAGGAGAAUGUUAGAUUUCCUGAGCAUUUGAUUCAAUCAAUCAGUCUUUUCCGAAUGACAAUCAGUGGGCAUUCUGUUAGCAGGUAUUUUUUGUUUUGAGUUUGGAUUGCUUUGUGUCAGCACCAAUACAAACCGAUCAUAUUAGGCAAUUAAUAUUAGGUAGAUGCAUUAACUGUAUUGUUUUGCCAUUUUAUUUUAUUAUGCAUAUUCUUUAAAAAACGGUUGAUUUUACUUAUAUUUAGAUUAUUAUUUUUUAGCUCAGCUUCUUUUUAGCAUUUGAUUUUAUUGGUAGUUUAAUGUCUAUUUUAUAUUGCUUUAAGAAAACUGCUUAGAGGUUUGGAUGAUUAAGCAGUAUAGACACAAUUAAAAUAAAUAUAGUAAUGAGCUGAAAAUUGAAGUUUAGCCACUUCCAGAAUGAAAGUGUUAGCUGCACAUCUCAAUACAAAAUGUAUCUCAUCAUGACUGAUCCCAGUUCCUCCAUUUGUGUUCGCAGGAGGACUUGAAAUUAACCUUCAGCCUAAGAGUCAGCCAACUGAGAAGCACAAUGUCUCCUUGCAGUGUAUGGCAGACAAGUUCACUUUUGAAAACCUGACUUGGUUUAAGCUGAGUCCUCGCGCUUCCAUGGUGCGGCUUGGCAGGCUGCCUUUGCCUGUUUGCAAGAACCUGGACGCACUGCAGAAGCUGAAUGCCACAGUUGCGAGAGCCAAUGGAGAGAACAUCACCAUGGAACUCAUGCUCCGUAAUGUUUCUCUCCAGGACAGCGGGGAUUAUGUGUGCAUAGCCCAGGACAAAAAGACCAAAACACGGCACUGCCUUGUCAAACACCUCGCUAUUCAAGGUAACCCAUGGAAACUCUCUUGUGUCAUGAUUGUGACUAAACUCAUAAAAACUCAUUUUUAUGAGUUUAGUCAUAAUAGCUCAAUUCCAGAUUAAUCUAUAGGUUUUGAAAUCCGCAUAAAAAUGUUAGUUUAAACAUUCAAAUGUAUUUCCUCCCCCUCAAAAUAAUUCAUUUUAAAAUAUAUUUUGAUAAUAGUUGGGAAGUGCAAAAGUCCAAUCUGCUAUAGAUGUUCAUUUUGUAGCUCGUGCUCCAACAGUACCAUGACUUACCAGCUGCUUCAGAGUUGUAAUUCAUAAGUUGCAUUUUAAAAUCCUGAAUUUUUUAUCCCCCACCACCGCAACAGAACCAGUGGCACCUGCAAUCACCCGAAACCCUGAGAAUCAAACAACAAAUAUUGGUGAAACUAUAGAAGUAUCUUGUGUAGCAAAUGGAAUUCCUUCUCCACUCAUCACAUGGUUUAAAAACAACGUAACCCUUGUUGAAGAUUCAGGUGAGGCCGAGUGUUCUGUCCUGUGGCUAACCCUCGUAAUUCCUAAUUUAUUCCUUGACCAAGAAGUACAUUUUGCAUAAUGUGCUUUCUGUGCUCCUGAUAUUUGGUGGGACGCACUAUUACUUUUAUCAGCCUUUAUUUUUACCAUACCUGUUGCUUUGGUGAAUGAGCAUUGGCGUGGCUUUAGGCUCUGCCCCCAAUCUACACAUAUGCGCUGAACGCCUGGGCAAGAUCUCCAUGCAUACAAUUAUGUACACAGAGGCCUCUGUCUGUGUGCUCAGAGCCCAGCAGAGGAAGGGUUUCUGAUUCUGCCAACAGACCCUUCAGUGUGUACAGUGGAGGACCCUGUACAUGCAUUCAACUAACCUGCUUAGAUUGGUUUUGAAACAUCCUGCUUCAAUCUGUGCACAUUCGUUUCAAUAUUAGCCGCCCUGGCCCUAUACUGUUUUGAGGAUCAGAUGCAUCAUGCCUCUCAUCCCAGAAUAACAGUGGGAGAGGACCAUUGCCCUCCUAUUCUGAUUUUGGGUUUCUCAUGGGCAUUUGGUUGGCCAUCAUAAGAAACAGAGCUGGGUUUGGUAGGUCCAGCAAGGUUUUUCUUUGGUUCUUAGAGAGCUUUAUAAGUGCACUGGAUAUGAGGAAUUCUGCAGGUAGAUCAGGGCUGGCACAAUACAUUUGGCUGCCUGAGGCAGCCACCCCAUUUCAGCUGCCUGGACUGUCAGUGGGAUAAUGCAGUGGCAUAAUGUCCUCCAGUGCACUUGAGGACAGCAGGCUACUUUAGGGGCUGAAUGCCUCUGAUCAGGGGAAUUCGGGAAAGCGGGGAGCUGCCACUGCUGGCCCCCAGCAUCUGUCACCUGAUGCAGUUGUCUCACUGUCUAAUGGUAGGGCCGGCCUUGAUAAUCAAAUUCCAUCCAGCCAUUGUAAAAUUAACCAAAGGGAAUAUAUAGAGAGAUAGCUUUUGCCUGUGCUGAAGACAUGCCCUUUGAUCUGAAAGCCCUUUCCUAAUGCCAAAUGUGUGGUUAGGCUUUCCUUGCUCACAUUGUCAGAGGAACUCCCCUAUUUAUCAUUGGGGUGUUUGGCUAAUCCUUAUCACUGAAAGCAGGUUCUGGGGCUUAAUCCUGGUGAGCUCUGGUUGAGAUUAAACCAGGCUCAUGGCUGGAUGGAAGAGUCAGAGUGGGGGUUUGGAGUGUAUAAAAUACAGAGCUUCUGUGCAAGCCUCAUGAAAGAUAAGAAAACCCUUACGAAAUUCCACAUUUAUCGGCGUCUUUGUCUGAACAACAAAGACCAAGUCAAAUUAACAAAGGCAAUGAAAGAAACAUUUGUAUCUGUGUCUUUUUUUUUAUAAGGUAUUGUUUUGAAAGAUGGGAACAGAACUCUCACUAUACGGAGGGUGAGGAAGGAAGAUGAAGGUCUCUACACUUGCCAUGCUUGUAAUAUCCUGGGCUGUUCAAAAGCAGCUGCGUUUUUUGAAGUAGAAGGUUGGUAUGAACCAUGGGUCUCUGGGUUUUGCAAAGUGUUACUUUCUGCUCCAUUUAUAUUUUAUUCUCAUAGAAGCAUAAAAUUUGAUAGUACCUCAGAGAUCAUCUAGUUGAUGCAGAAAAUCAAUUACUGCAGGGUCUCGAUAGUCCUUUCCCUCCCGGUUUAAAUGUAAAUAUAUGUUGCAAGCUCUUCUUGCAGAAAACCAUUGAGCUCACUGAGACCUACAUGGUUUGUUGAGUGGAAUCAGGGCUGAAAGGAAAUAAGCUUGUAAGAACUGUAGACCAGUCAGGGAGACUAGAAACUGUGUGGUAGCCAAGAAACAAAUAAGCUGAAGUGUCAAAAUCCAAAUAGAAAAGACUAGGAGGAUGCUAGGUAGACUGAAUGGACCGCAACAAGAUAUCUGAGUGGCUCCUUUGACUUCAUUGAAGUAAAUUGUGGGAGCAGUCAUAUGUGUAAGUGGUCCCCCUAAAAUAAAUAUUUCCACUGAAUCACAUUCACUCAUCAAAUAUCUCACCCUUCUGUUAAAAUCUCUGAUCAAAUUUCUUGUUUUGCAUAUUAACAAGCCACCCCUAGACACAUUUUUUUAAAAAAAAGAUUUGUCAGCUAGUGAAAGAAACCUUGCCCCAGCGUGAUGACCUGCUGAGGGUUUUGUUUUUAUUUUUAUUUUAACCAAGCAAUCCAAAGCUAUAUCCUGUUAUUCUUACAGUCCGCAGCAGGAUAUUGAAGUGAUGUGCCAUGUGACAUAUUUUUUUUUUUGUGUGGGAUGGAAAGUGCCUGUAGAUAGACCUCCAUGUAAAUACGUGCUUUCGGUUAUCCAACAAACAUGACUUGCUGGAGCGUAGCCUACUUUGGCUUGUAGAAAUUGAAACGUGAUUGUGAGAGAGUGAUUCGAAUGAGGGAAUUUAUCACCCGCCUCAUCGCAGGCUGUCGAUUGAUGUUAAAACAAUAAACCAACGUGAGGCACAGAUUGCGUGAUGGAAGAGCUGAAAUAUAUAGCCAUGGGGUGAAGAGUGAACUUCAUGGUAAAAAUGAGUUCUUUUGAUGUUGAUUGCAGAACCAUUUUGGUGCUGAUAAGCUUAAUCAGUGUUUGCCAGAGUAAACUUCUUCCCCGUAAGAAGCUGACUUAAAUAAGACUGCUGGGCCAUGCCAUCUAGCUUAGUUUUGUGUACGUUGAUAGGCACCAGUUUUUAAGUGUUGCAGGCAGGACUCUUCUCAGCUCUACCUGAAGAUGGUGGGAAUUGGACCUACAUCACCUUCCCUGAGCUAUAGCACCUUGUCUAUAACAAAAUCAAGUUUAGGCACUUUGGCAUCCUAAGAAAAUAUUAAGAUGGAGUCUCACACUAUAUCAGAUACUGAAACUCUUGGGCCUUCUAAUCUUUACACCUGGUCAAGUUCCUUUGUAAUCUGUAUAGAGCCUCCUACAUCUGUUUCCUGUGCUGGUGAGGUCACCCAUCAACACUCUGGGAUCUUGAUUCAUUUACUCCCAGGGAGCGCUGUCUUCCUCUAGCAAUUGAGUCCUCAUUUAACAAAAUCUCAUGCCCAGCCGGGAUUACCUUUCCCAGUUGUUUCCACUGAUCCCUUACUAGUAGGGAUGGGAGAUAAAUUCACUUCAGUUUGCAUUUAAAAAAGCAAACUUAGCCAAUUUGCACUUUCCAAAACACAGCCGUCCUUCAAUAUUUGCAUGUUUCUGAAUUUUGCCAUGCAGUUCUCCAGCCAAGUAAUGGUGACAAAAACCACAUGUAUAAAGUGUACAUUUAAAUGCAUGUGUUGGUGGAAGCAAAUGCAUUUUAUUACAAGAGAUUCCUUGCAGAAAUGUGUGUAUAAUUGUCAAAAAUGUGUUAGGAGAAUUCACACUGAAAUUCAUGGAGAAUUUUUCAAAAAAUAAAAAAAGCAAAUUGAUGCAGAAGUGUGGAAAACUAAAUUUUAAGAUAGUAAAAAUGAGAAACUGAGAGACCUGAAAUAAACAAAUUUGUUCAUCCCUGCUUAUUAGUUACCCAAUAUUUCUUCAUAUAAUACUGCUUGUUGGCUUCUAUCCAUUCAGAGCAGUAUAAAUACUGGAAAUUUUGGAAAUACUGGAAAUACUGGAAAUUUUGGGAAAUUUAUCUGGAGACAAAAGGCACAAUCCAACAAAAUUAAAGCACUUUUAAAAUCCCAGGGCUUUCUGCAGGAACAUAUGAUUACACCUAAAAGUGCUUAACUUUGACUGGAUCUGCUCAGUUCUUUACUCUCUGCUGGGAGACCAAUAUUACCACAUACCAGUGUGCACAACUUGGUUUAUUUCAUAGAGUGAGGAGAUGAAUCAAUCAGAGAAUGCCUUGACUGACCAGUAUUAUGGACUGCUCUUGGGUCAAUUCACCUCGAGUUCCAGUGGAGGGAUUUGUGCUGUGUACUGAAGUGUCCUACAUACACUUUCCCUUUAACACAUUUUUGUCUUCGUUGACUUGCUACGUGUUGGACUCCUAACAUUUUUGUUCUCAGACAAGGAACCUCUUUCAGUACUUCAGCUGAUGACCUGCUCUGGGCUACUAUCAAUGAACUGUUCGAUUGUCUCUUCCCAGGCACUGAUGAGAAAACGAACCUCGAGCUCAUUAUUCUGGUUGGAACGGCGGUAAUUGCCAUGUUCUUCUGGUUGCUCCUCGUAAUCAUUCUCCGGACCGUUAAGCGGGUAAUGAAACCAUUCUCCCACUGUCCCAUCGGCAUCAAUCUUGCAUGGCAAAUGAAAACUGAUGGGGACUCUUUUGUGUUGUUUCUUGCAUUGUCUUUAAAUCAACAGCCGCAUUUUUUCCUCUUGGUACCAUCACAUUCUUUCCUGGAAUUUGAGGGCACAUAAAUUGUGCUUUUUAAUUGACCAGGCAUUUGGUGGAGGGGAAAAAGAAGAAGAAGACCUUUUCCAGAAAUUAAUAAAGCAAGUAAUUAACAAUGAUUUGUGGGCACAUGCCCUGCAGUGUUUCUGGGGGGAAACUGCAUACUUGCAUUCCUGUGGACAAAAAAACAAAAAAAAGUUCCAGACAUCCAUAAUGCCAGUAAAUGUGACCCACCGCUCAUUGCCCAAGCAGUAAGGAUAAUUGUAUUUAAUUUGCACGACUACUGCUUUUAUUUUUUUCAGGCCAAUGGAGGAGAACUAAAGACUGGCUACCUAUCUAUCAUCAUGGAUCCUGAUGAAGUCCCUAUGGAUGAACAAUGUGAACGUCUCCCUUACGAUGCCAACACAUGGGAAUUCCCCAGAGAUAGGCUAAAGCUAGGUGGGUCUCAUUACAAAUGAGCAAGUGAAAUGUCCCUCUAAACUUGAAAUCAGAGGCUGCUUUAAUUAAGUGCUGGUUUUGGAAAUGCGUGAUAGAAUCUUAGAAUUGUAUAGGAAGAGACCCUGAGGAUCAUUUAGUCCAACCCCUUGCAAUGCAGGAAUACAGAACUUGUCCUAUACGGGGAUCGAACCUGCAACAUUGGCACCACACUCUAACCAUCUGAGCUAUCCUAAUAUCUAAUAUGGAGGUCAUUGUGUGCUCUGAUUGGAGCUUGGAACUCCUGGUUCACUAUCCACUGGAGAGCACCAUGUAUGCGCUGAAACUUUCAGGUUUGCAAGAAAUACCUAGAGUGGAGUUGGAAUUUCCCAGGAGACUCCUUAGGCUUUAAUUUCAUAACCAGACCUCAGCACUGGAUUCCAACCAAGUCUUGGGAACACAAGAUUUUUUUGUAAUUUUUUAAAAAGGAGUAAUCAUAAGUGCAUGCAAAGUAACAUUCCAUUGUCACAGAGUGUCUACAUCAUAGUGGCACACUUCUGGGGCGAUGAAACAGUGCUUACAAAUUAGAGGGCCUAGUUUCCCUGAUUAAAUUGUGCUGCCUACUGUUCCCCAGUUCAACAGCCUAGAGACAAAAUCACUUGAGCCUAGUGGUGCCCAAACUUCUUUUAAAAAAAACAUAGUCUUGGCAGACCCCAUAAUGAUUUUCUGCCUUUUGUAGCAGUUGCAAUGCAAUGCUGUUUGAUUUUUUAAAAAUUGCAUUUUUAUGGCUGCUUUUAUGUAUUGGAUGUUUUGUGUUAUAAUUUGAAUUCCAUGGAUUUCAAGUUGUAUGCAUUAAAAUUCAAGAAAUAAAAGAAGCAAUAAAAAUACAAUUAAAAAUCAAUAGGAGCAGUGCUCCCCCCCCAGGGGGUACUCAAGGGUACGCAGUCUCUCUUUUCGGUUAAAAAGUGUGAAAUUUACUGUAACAACUUCACAGUGAGUACCGGCACCUCCUUUUCUAGGAAACAAAGCACUGAAUAUGAGCAUUUAAUUUACUAGGUGUGCCAUCUUCUCUCUAUAACCGCAAAGCCCUAGACAGGUCAAGGGCCACCUCUAAAUGAAGCUUGCAGACCAUUGGUGGUGUAGUGGUUAAGAGCGGUAGACUCGUAAUCUGGUGAACCGGGUUCGCGUCUCCUCUCCUCCACAUGCAGCUGCUGGGUGACCUUGGGCCAGUCAUACUUCUCUGAAGUCUCUCAGCCCCACUCACCUCACAGAGUGUUUGUUGUGGGGGAGGAAGGGAAAAGGAGAUUGUUAACCGCUUUGAGACUCCUUCGGGUAGUGAUAAAGCGGGAUAUCAAAUCCAAACUCUUCUUGGUGGACCACAGACCACAGUUAGGAACCCUGUGCUCUAGACUUCUUGUUUCGAUGCCAUUUCCAGAAACGUUGGUCGACACUGAGGUGUAUGUUUUGCAGUAACACAACAUGUGAGGAGGCAGGAUUCUGCUUUUAUGUUUGCUCCCUUUAUAGCUGUGGUGCUCUCUGCCUUCAUUGCGGCGCGAUCCACCAGCCUUGUUUGCUAAAUACGUAGCCAGCUCCCUUCAAUUGCUUGGACAGUAGAAAUAUUUUUAAAAUUUAUCUUUUUGUUUAAUUUUGUCUCCAGGUAAGCCGCUUGGUCGGGGAGCCUUUGGCCAAGUGAUUGAAGCAGAUGCAUUUGGAAUCGAUAAAAUGACUACCUGCCGGACUGUUGCAGUCAAAAUGCUUAAAGGUGAGGCUCGAGAACUAAAAUUCACCUAUGAAGGAUGUUCUGGGCAAUCAGCAUUUGUUGAUGACAUUGUAAGACCUCAAUUGGUUGUAGCUAUUGGAUAUAGCUACAAGAUAUAAACUUGCCAAUCUUUUCUCACUUAGCUCAACCUAGAGGGUGAGAAGCUUUCAUAACAGUAAUAGAAUAUUGGGAGAGUACAGUAUAUUCAUUUUUUAUUGUAUUAGUUGUUUCCAUUAAGCAAUGAGUUUCUUUUCCCAGUUUGUUAGAUUGUUUUGAACUUGGUUAGAUAUUUUGAACUCCACACAUGCUUUCUGCCCACUGUUUAUGCCAGGCUUCCUCAGCCUCGGCCCUCCAGAUGUUUUUGGCCUACAACUCCCAUGAUCCCUAGCUAGCAGGACCAGUGGUCAGGGAUGAUGGGAAUUGUAGUCUCAAAACAUCUGGAGGGCCGAGGUUGAGGAAGCCUGGCUUAUGCCUAUUCUCUAUUAAAUUUUCAUUAGGCACAUUAAAUGCACUAUGCUUUCUUUGUUAAACUAAGAUGAAAGACCAUCUUGCUCCCUCUUGUGGCUUCCUUCAAGCAAGGAGCCGACCCUCACAGUAGCUCUGUCGAAGAACAUCUGCUUUGCAUUCAGAAACAGUGGCACAGCAUGAGGGAGGGGCAGGGGGGUCAUGGGCCCGGGUGCAAAUUUCUGAGGGGGUACAACCAGGUGCCCUCAUGACAGGGUCCCUCACCGAGACUGGAACUGCCCAGAGGCAAGCUGUGCCUGAGCUGUGUCUUUGGAGCUCGGGUGUCUUCUCCUCCUCCUCCUCGUGGCCAGAAAAGGGAUGCCUGCAUGUGACCCGCCCCAUGGCUGGCUGAGAGGGAGUGAGGAAGGAAGAGGAAGGCGGGAAAGCACUGUCAGAGCCAUGUGCAUUGCCCAGAGCACCUUGUGGCAAGGGCAGAAGGGUAAGGCAACACAGCGGCGCUCUUGUUUUCGCAUUUCUUUGCCUUAUCUCUGCUCCAGGUUGGGGCUAGUUUGCAAGGAGAAGCGCACUUGAUUAGAUGCUGGCUGGCGAAGGGACUGGCCACUGCCUAGUCCACCAGGGGGUGCAACACUUGCCCUGCCCUGAGGCGCCGGUAACCCACACUAUGCCCCUGUUCAGGAAGUCCCAGGUUCCGUCCCCUACAUCUCCAGGUUGGGCUUUGAAAGACUCCUCUCUAAAAUUAUAGAGCCAUUGUUGUUGUUGUUGUUUAGUCAUUUAGUUGUGUCCGACUCUUCGUGACCCCAUGGACCAGAGCACGCCAGGCCCUCCUGUCUUCCACUGUCUCCUGCAGUUUGGUCAGACUAAUGCUGGUAGCUUCGAGAACACUGUCCAACCAUCUCACCCUCUGUCGUCUCCUUCUCCUUGUGCCCUCAAUCUUUCCCAACAUCAGGGUCUUUUCCAGGGAAAAGAGGGAAUAGAGCCACUAUUUUCCAGGGAAAUAGAGCCACUAGCAGUCAAUAUAUAAACAACACGGAGCUACAUGGACCAGUGGUCUGAUUUGAUAUAAGGUACCUUCUUAGGUUCAUAGAAAUGCUUUCAUAAACAUAGGCUUUAAGUUCGAUCACACAAGAUUUUGCUCACUAGUCAUAAAGAAGCCACACGGACAUGUUGGAUUGUGUGAUCCCUUCCCAUCCUACUUGGAAGGAAGAUGGCAAGCGGACUUUUAUUGCUACUCAAUAGACAGGACAAUAUCUAUCUUUCUUUUCCAUUUAUAGAGGGUGCAACACACAGUGAACAUAGGGCACUGAUGUCGGAGCUCAAAAUCCUCAUUCAUAUUGGUCAUCAUCUCAAUGUGGUCAAUUUACUUGGGGCCUGCACAAAACCGGGAGGUAAGUGUUGCUUUUUGCUACUUUGUGGAGAGGGCAUAGCUCGGUGGUGCUCACUGCUUUACCCCCCAGAGUCUGCCAUUAACGGGUUUCAAGCAGCUACGCCUGCAGAGACUUCUGUCUACAACCUGGAGAUCAGCAAUCAAGAAACAAAAGCCACAAAAAUAGGUGUAACAAAAAUAGACACAGCGUUUCAUAAAACAGCAAUGCAAACAACAGCAAAUCAGAGCUUUCCUUCCUUGGUUGCAAUGUGUAUGUGGGGUAGUGUUCCUUUCUGUGCAUCCUUAGAAAGCCACUGCCGGCUGGGGAAAAAAUGCAUUCACCCUGCCCAUUCCUGGCCUGUUUUAUGGCAAAGUUAGGCCUUAUCUCAGCAAAUGCAUGAACCCAGUUUCUCAUUGGCUGAAAUAAUGGUGAAAAGUGGAAGCCAAAGGUUCCGGCUCAGGACGGGAAGUUUCACUAGGCAAAGAACCUAAUGAUUCUUUGUGCCUUUGAGGUAUUUAACUUUAAAAAGAAGCUCUAGGUUGAGCAAGAUACAAUGGAGAUUUAUAGAAUCCCGCAGAAUUAUGCUUGGUCUAUUGAUUUACCCUCCCAUUUUAAUGCUGAAUAUUUUGCUACUGGGUUGUUGUUUUUUUGCACUUUUAUACCUUUUCCUCACUGUUUUAUUAUUAUUAUUAGUUUCUGGUAAGCUAAUCGGUGUCUUUCCGGUGGGGUUCAAAUAUUUAAAAUACUUACAAAAAUGUUGCAUGGGAAAGUGAGAGCAACUAUAUAAUAAAACAUGUACAGAGGAGGCCUGCACAAUUUGACACCUACCAAACAAAACGAAAGGCAAGAACAGAUAUUUUCAUUGAUCCCUGGUGCGUUUUCAGUGAUGGUAAGGAGGGCUUCAUUCUGCUUCCUGGACCACACAUUUAACAGGUGUGAUAUGGAGCAGGGGUGAGGAACUCCAGAUGUUGCAGGACUCCAACUCCCGUCUCUCUGAGCAUUGACCAUCCUGCUUGGAGCCAAUGGGAUUUAGAGUUCAGCAACAUCUGGAGGGCCACAGGUUAGCCACGCCUGAUAUAGGCAGUUGCUAGAGGAAAGGCUACGAGAAAGUCCUCUAAAUCUUGUUCUCAUUUUGUUCCUUUAGGGCCACUCAUGGUGAUUGUUGAAUACUGCAAGUUUGGAAAUCUGUCGGUGUACUUGAGAAGCAAGCGGAGUGAUUUUGUUCCAUACAAGGUGAGGCCUGCAUAAAAUGUAGGGGGAAGGAUGCUCUGCUUUUCAGUUUUAAGAUCCUUUUGACUUCUCUACUGUGAGAUCUUUUGGAUGUGAAUAGGAGUGAAAAUAACUGGAUAAAUGCAAUGAUAUUUGGAAUGAAGUUAUGAAAAGACAAUUAUAAAAAUUAUAAUGUCACAUUAGUAAUUUUUCAUUAGUUGGAAAAACUAUUACUUAUAUACCUAUAUUUUGUAUUGUGUCACAAUUUCAAGUAUUCUUUUUGUUUGGUUUUGGUUUUUUGCUUUCAUUUUUGUCUGUUGCUUUAUUUUCUCAUUGAAAAUUUUCAAUGAAAUAUAAAUAUUUAAAAAAUAGGAGUUAAAAUAACGAUUUAACAUUUCUAAGUGAAACCUACACUUCUGUAGGCUGUAUCAUGGCCAACAUGGGGGUUUUUUUUUAUGAUAUUUAUUGAAAAUUUUUUAGAAUUACAGAAAAGAACACAGCAGAAAAAGAAAAAAAGAAAACAAACCACACCAAACAAUGUAGAUUCAAAAAAACAAAAAUACACCACAAACAGAUGAAAACAAAUCCAUCAUUCUCGAAUCCUCAACUUUCAUUACCUUCUUUCUUUGACCUCCUCCUCCUCCCUUUUUUUGUAUCCUAGUUAUUAAUUAUCGCAGCAAAUCCUUUCCAUAUUUCAUAAUAUUCUGUCAUUACAUUACCUUAAUCUAUUUUCAUCUUAUCUUAUAGAAAACCUUAAAACUUAAAACUUAACUCUUAUUUUUACCAACUUCUCAUAACCAUAAUAUUCUUACCUAAUUCUUUAGACAUUUUUGCUAGAGCCAAGUAAUUUUGUUCCAACAUUUUUCUAACAUUCAUCAAUUUUAUAAAACAAUCCUAGUAAUAAAAAGAAAGAAAUAAAAACAAUCCAAUCUUCAUCCAGCGUCCCUUCCUCCUGGUCCCGGGUUUUGUCAGUCCUCUUUAUCCCAUUGAUCUAGCGCAUUAACCUGGUAACCUUAUAUCCGAGGCCCUUAAGUCUCUUCCAUGUCCCUUCCGCAGCUCUUCUUCAUAUUCUCCUUUCACACGUGGGAACUCCAGCUUGGUAAUGUUUUUGACCCUUUUCAACAAAUCAGCCCCUUUUCCAAAGUCCAAACUAAACUCCAUGUGGUAUUUAAAAACAUGUUUCAGAAUCCCUCCAAGAUUAAGAGCCCCCACAGCCCCAAACAUCUCACGGCCCAUUGCCAGACUUGGAAAGUCCAAACAUCCCUGCAUAGGGGGGUCUAUCCAACCCCCCAUUUCCAAACCAGUCCAAACCUUAUCUUUCCAAAUCUGGCUUUUUCCAAGUUCAUUUGUCAAAUCCAAAAGCUCAUGUUCCUGCAGGGCCACAGCUCCCUCCAUCUCUGGCGCCCAAGAUUCAGCAACAUCCUCUUCUCUCAUCUGUUCUGUCAGGGCACACUCCUGAUUUAAUUCCUGGGUGGGCUCCAUAUAGUUUCCCACUGCCUGUUCAAAAAUUCUGACCGCAUUAGUCAUCAAAUCCAGUACUCUCAUUUAACUGUUCCAGUAGGGCAUUUGUUUUACAGAGAGCACACAACAGAGCUUCUGAAUACAUUGUCCUACAAGGUCACAAGUCUAUUUCCCACGAUUGUAAUCUGUAACAGCUGCAAGCUCCCUGGAAUUAGUUACAGUUUCACAGUCUCCCUCUAGGGGGAAAACUUCUAUUUGCUCUUUCUUUUAAGGACGAAUCUAGCAACAAAGUUUCCUUUUAGAGAUAUUUUGUCAAUAUUUGUUCCUUUAAAAUGCGAAAGGGAACAGUGGAAUCACUAUGUUUCUCUUCUUUUAGCUAUCUGUCAAAAGCGUUUGUCUCUGGUCAAUGAGCUUCAAACGUCAGUCCUGACACCCCGCUCCAGGAUCAGGACGGUGGAAAGUUACUUUACUUUAAACUCACUUCUGCAGGUUUAAACAGUCCGAAAAAGAUCCUCCUCCUUCUCCUGCUUCCGAAGGGGGUUCAACAAUUUUAAAUGAUGAAAGUUAAUCUUUUAGAAGCGAUUUUCUGAGCUCUAGUUUACGUUGUCUUUGCUUUAUUCUGUCUACAAAGAAACGGAAGGCUGACUUCCUGUUUAGACCUUCCCGUUUCAGUGCCAAAUUGAAGUAAAUUUUAAGUCCAAUUCCUUUCUGCUCGCAAGUCCUUAUUUAAAAUCCAAUUGUCCGAAAUUUAAGUACUCACGGGUGAUUAUUUUAGAAGCCAAAUUGUCCCAGGAAAAAGGCAGCGCUCUCCGGCAACGGCUAUGCGGCUUCGCUCCACGGAAAAAGCAGUUGACUCUCAGCACCGCGCCACUUCCCCCUCUUCGCUUCGGAGCCCGUUAGUGGGUUCCUUUGCGGGUUGGGGGGGCGCUAAGGGUGCCCGCCGAGUCAUGGCCAACAUGGGUUUAUACCUUCCUUAAGACUUUACGUUUGCAAUUACUGUGUGGACAUUUCCAUUAUUCUCAUGGUAGAUUACUAAAUUAUACUCUGUUAUAUCAUUAGGAAACCCUGAUGUAUACUGUGUUCUAGGAGGCUUAGUUUGGUCAGAAUCAAGUAUACAGUUCCAGAGUUAACACUCAAUACAUUACUUCUGGUAAAUGAGCUGCUAUAGCUGCUAGAGGGCCUUGGAAAUUUGUGCUUUGGGUUUUUAAGACUCGUCUACCCGUGUACUAUCUGAAACCAAAGGGGCACGUUGGUUGCCAGAUGUGAAAUAUAUUGGCAUUAUUUUCAGCUCUCCUACAUCACUGCUCAUCCAUAAAAGAUAAAGGGACCCCUGACCAUUAGGUCCAGUCGUGGCCGACUCUGGGGUUGCGGCGCUCAUCUCGCUUUAUUGGCCGAGGGAGCUGGCCAGCAUGACUAAGUCGCUUCUGGUGAACCAGAGCAGCGCACAGAAACACCUUUCCGCCGGAGCGGUUCCUAUUUAUCUACUUGCACUUUGACAUGCUUUCGAACUGCUAGGUUGGCAGGAGCAGGGACCGAGCAACGGGAGCUCACUCCAUUGCGUCGAUUCGAACCGCCGACCUUCUGAUCAGCAAGUCCUAGGCUCUGUGGUUUAACCCACAGCGCCACCCACGUCCCUUCUGCUCAUCCAUAUUCCCUUUCUAAUAAGGUGUGAGUUUUCACCCCUUUAUUUUCUGUCAUGAUAGAAUAAUGCAAGUUCUGUUAUCUCCCUCCUUUCUUCUUUCUUUCUUUCUUUCUUAAAACUUUGUAGGCCAAUCAUGCUCGGUACAGGCAGGGAAAUGGUGAAGUCUCUGCAGACCCGAAGAAACGUCUGGACAGCAUUGCAAGCAGCCAGAGCUCAGCCAGUUCCGGCUUUGGAGAGGAGCGAUCUCUCUGCGAUUUAGAAGAGGGGGAUGGUGGGUUUUCGUCUUACGUCAUUAUCCAUGGCUUUAGAAUAUUGAGAUCAAAGUGUGUUUCCUUGGCUUCCCCAUUCUUAUAGGAUUAGGUGUUCCUGUACCAUUCGCUGAUAAUUCGCUGACAAUUUAUGAAUGUAUUUUAAAAGAAAAUAUGUAUUUUGUAUCUAAAAUACACAUGUUAUAUCCUUCAUUGUGCAGCUGUUGGUGCAGUAUGGAAGUUUCCUUUAACAAUAUGACAUUCUAACUUGCUUUUCCAUGCUGAAUCACUGAGGGUAACUACCACUGCACAGCUCCAAGCAUCCCUAUACCUGGAAGCCAGAAAUGAAGGAAGGAUGGGGUUUCUGUAUACUAAGUGUUACCUAGUGCUAAUCAGGAUGUGCAGUGUAUGAUGCAUUUAUAUACAUUGACCUUUCUCUUUGCAGCAACAUCUGAAGAUCCUUGCAAGAACCCACUAAGCCUGGAGGACCUCAUCUGCUAUAGCUUCCAGGUGGCCCGGGGGAUGGAAUUCCUGGCCUCGCGGAAAGUAAGGCAUUCCUCUUGGGGGGAAAUGACAUUUGUCAGAUGACUGCAUGGCACUGGAAACGAUUGUGAUAAGGAUAGUGCCAGAGUUCACUCAACGUUGCUAUACACUCUUGAUUUAAAGCAGUUGCUAUUGCAAAGCUCUUUGGUAAAGAUGUCAGCACUUGUAAAUUCACCUGUCACCAGGCAUACACUGGCUUUUAAUUCAUUUUAAUGCACAUUUCCCUUUUUGACUAGAGUUUUUAAAGUGGCUUACAACAGGGAUUUCCAAACUGUUGUCUGAGGACGUGGUCCAUGAGCUUCAUCCAUCAGCUCUGCAGCAUGUCUGUGGAUUUAUGGUUAAAGAUGGGGAGAUGGCAAAUCUCUCGCUUCAAAUACUCAUAUUGAUUUUUGUUGUUGCUGCUGCGUUUAUUUCUUUAUGUUUUAUUGUAUUGUGGUUUGAAUCCUACGGAAUUCAAAUUGUAAUACAAUAAAAUACAGUAUAUAAGAAAUAAAAGAAGCUAUAAAAUUCAGUUUUUAAAAAAUUGUACAGCAUCUAAUGCAGAACAUUACAAUUGCUAAAACAGUCAGAAAAAUCAUUAAGUUGGACCACCAAGACUCUCAACAAUUUUCAAGUGGUCAGUGGGGUGGGGUGAUGUAAGCCAUGGUUCUCAAACACACAUCAUCUGUAAAAUACAGUGGCACCUUGGUUUAAGAACAGCUUAGUUUAUGAACAACUUGGAUGAAGAAUGCUGCAAACCCGGAAGUAGGUGUUUUGGUUUGUGAACUUUGCCUUGGAAGCAGAACAUGUUCUGCUUCCUGUUGAGUGUAAAUUGAGUUCCCUCUACUAUGGGAAAGCACGCCUUGGUUUAAGAACGCUUUGGUUUAAGAACGGACUUCCAGAAUGGAUUAAGUUCGCAAAUCAAGGUACCACUGUAUACUGGAUUCACCAAGAAACACACCUUCAAAACAAAACAAUUGGCCCCACUGCAGCGAGAGCCAGCAUCUAAUGUUCUACUCCACAGAGCAGUUGUUGGUAGAUGUCUCUGUAUGUGUGAAGAAGGGAGAGUCCAGGUGGAGCAGGCUCUGAAGUCUUCUUGGUCUGUCUCUCUUGCCAUGCCUACCCCAUAAUUUCAACCUGUUUGUGUUGCAUGUACUAUACCUCCACAGUUGGUACUGCUUGUUUGAAAGUGUUCUCAUGUCAAGUCUUCCCACACAUGUGUUUUCAAAUAUUUAUCUUCUCUCAUUUAUCGUCUAAGGCAGUGCAGAAGACUGUGUCUCAGCAUGAACUCUGAGUUUCAUUUAAGCCUUAUUGGGACAUUCAUUUUAAUAACCCACAAAGUGCUGAGCCUUGCAAGGAGGAUACCAAUUAAGACAAGGUUAACAAAGCUCUUUGGAACAACCCAAAUAACAGGCCCAUUGUUCCUCUUCUUGCAGUGUAUCCACAGAGAUCUGGCAGCUCGCAAUAUCCUCUUAUCGGAGAACAACGUGGUCAAAAUUUGUGAUUUUGGAUUGGCCCGAGAUAUCUACAAAGAUCCAGAUUAUGUCAGGAAGGGAGAUGUAAGUUUCCGAAGUCUCCGAAAUAGUGGGACGUUUACUUGGAAAAGAUAUUAACAAUGACAUUGUGGCAUAUAUUUAAUGCUUCCUUUUGUCUAUUGCUUUGCUAAUAAACAUUUAGGCUAGACUACCCCUAAAGUGGAUGGCACCGGAAACCAUUUUUGACAGAGUAUACACCAUUCAAAGUGAUGUUUGGUCCUUUGGUGUACUGCUGUGGGAGAUAUUUUCCUUAGGUAAGUCACAUUACUUUGGAUACCCAGGGUGAAAUCCCAUGGGCCCUUGGAGGGCAUCUCAUGGGCCAUAGGAUGUCCCCAACAUCAGAGGCAGAACCCUGACUUCUGAGAGGGAGAUCCUGCAAAACAAGGGGUCAGAACUCCAUUGUUGGAAGUGCCAAAAAAUGUUUGUUGAGGUGGUUCAGGGUCGUUUGAAGGAGAGCACAUGAAAAUGCUUGGAUUUAGAGUCAUUUCGGUUCCCCAGUAGGCCAGGGAGACAUUUAAACCAGCUUAGCAGCUAAGUCUUUUCUGGUAAUUUUUCUACCAUUGUUCCCAGUGGGAGAGAAACUGCUCAAAGAAAAACAAAGCAAAAACAGAGCAACGUUGGCAAGGCUUUAGAUGGCUGGUUAAACUACCUUUGCAUCCCUUCCCUCCUUUCCCAUAGGAUUUCAUGGUAUACUUCUCACAUUUUGAUAACAGAGUUAAUGAAUGCAAUCUCCUUUAGAUGCCUAUCCAUGUCUCCAUAACAUGCAGGCAAACUAGUUCAUGUUUUUGAGCUACAGGAUAGAAAAUGUAUUUGUAGUCUGCACUCUGUUAGUCCUCAGUGAGAAAGCAAGAUGGGGAUAUAGAGUGGGCAUUAAAUGAGCUUUACCAAUAUUCCAUAUUCUUUUUAAUCAAGAUAAAUAAUUGCUUAUAAUCUUGCUCUAAUAAAACAUAAAUGUAUUCUCUAUGGAUAAGCAGUUGUAUAAUUUUCUUGAUGUGCCCAAUCUAUCUCAAGGAAACUUUGCCACUGCAGUUCUUAACGGGUCUCACUUCUGGCAAUAAGCAUCCUUUUCCUGGUUGGAAAUUGGAUAGUUUUCAUUGAUGGUAAUUUACUGUUGUUAUUAGUAAUAUGAUGAGGAUGGUGAUUGGUUGAAUUUAUAUACCACUCUAUAUCCGGAGGUCUCAGGACGGUUCUCUGUUUGAUGAUGAUAAGGAUGGUGACAUUCCUCAAAUUUUACUUAAUCUCACCCCCCUUCUUUUCCUUGCAAACUAAAAUUUACAAAUUAAUAAUAAUAAUAAUGAAAAAUGAGAGCUUGGCAAUAUGAAACUCAGAUCAAAUAUCUGCACAUCUCAGGAACAUUCUAUGACUGUUGUUCAUGCAAAAAGUCAUUUUAUUUCCCUGUCCAAUGUAAGUGAGUCUCUCUAGAUCCAGUCUAAUUGAGCUUCUAUCAUUUUAGUUAGCUCUUAUUUCAGUGAAUUGACAUAUAUUCCGCUGAAAAUCAACAGCAGCAUCUUAAGCACCUUACUAAAAGGAAAUCUGUCAUUUCAGGAGCCUCGCCAUACCCUGGUGUCAAGAUUGAUGAGGAGUUCUGCAGAAGACUGAAAGAGGGAACAAGGAUGAGGGCACCAGACUAUACAACACCUGAAAUGUAAGAAUUUUUACUGAUGCAAACAUGCCUUGUCUCAGAAAUGGAUAAUUUACUUAGGAGAGGGUCAUAAAAGAAAAUCUCAUUCUAAUUCAGCCACCAGUGGCCAGUGGACUCUUUUACUAAUGGCAGGGAGGAAGGAAGCGCAAUAAGUCAAAUAUUUGGUCACAGUCAGCUCAUACAUUUAAAGAACAUUCAGGGCAUAUUUAUAGCACAUGUCUUUGCCCAAAGCAUCCUGGGAACUGCAGUUUACUCCUCACAGACCUACAAUUCCUAGCACCCUCAACAAACUACAGUUCCCAGGAUUCUUUGCGGGAGGCCGUGUCCUUUAAAUGUGCUUUAAUAGUGUAAAUGUGACUUUUCUCUUGUUCUGGCAGUACAGUAUUGACCAGCUUGUUGCUCUUAGCUAUUACCUACCACUAUGGGACGCAGGUGGUGCUGUGGGUUAAACCACAGAGCCUAGGACUUGCUGAUCAGAAGGUCAGCGGUACGAAUCCCUGCGACAGGGUGAGCUGCCGUUGCUUGGUCCCAGCUCCUGCCAACCUAGCACUUCGAAAGCACGUCAAAGUGCAAGUAGAUAAAUAGGUACCGCUCCAGCGGGAAGGUAAACGGCGUUUCCGUGCGCUGCUCUGGUUUGCCAGAAGUGGCUUAGUUAUGCUGGCCACAUGACCCGGAAGCUGUAUGCUGGCUCCCUCGGCCAAUAAAGCGAGAUGAGCACCACAACCCCAGAGUUGGUCACGACUGGACCUAAUGGUCAGGGGUCCCUUUGCCUUUACCACUAAGAAGCAGAAUAUGAUCUUGUCCUGGGGCAUAUUUUGCUUUGUAACACUGCUACCGUUCUCUUAUAUCUCUCAGGUAUCAGACAAUGUUGGACUGCUGGCAUGGGGAACCCAAGCAAAGGCCCACCUUUUCAGAUUUGGUGGAACAUCUGGGAAAUGUAUUGCAAGCAAAUGUCCGCCAGGUAAAGUCAUGCUCCAAAAACUACUGUAAACUCGAAUGCUAGAGUGAUGCUGGAUGGAAAAUAAGUGGUUUCCAGCUGUACAGGAUUUAAAGUUAUAGAUAGAUUAAGAUUAAAGAUUAGGAUUAAAGAAGUUUAAGGAAAUGGAAAUUUGGUAUUUUAAGAGGUAAAAUUUUAAUGCUAUAUUAUAUUAAAGAUUAAAGAUUGGGAUUAAAAAAGUGGAAAAGAAAUUGCUGGACAAACAAUUUGGACUGGAAUACAAAAGAGGGAGGUAUGAGGAGGUCCAGAAAAUAAGUAAAUUUAAACACGGAAAUGAAAAGGUGAUUGUUUUUAAUUGUUCUGUUUCUUUUUCUUUCUUUCUUUGGAUUAUGUACUGUGUAUUUGUGUAUUUCUUUUUAAGGUGUAUUUGUGUAUUUCUUUUUUAUGUUUUUCUGUUUAAUUUUUUACUGAAAACUUAAUAAAAAAUUAUUAAAAAAAACAAAAAACCCCCCAAAACUACUGUAAACUCCCGGGGGGGGGGCAUGCCUCCAGCCGCAAAUCCCAUAUAUAUCUUUAAAAACCCUAUUUUUGUCUGUCUUUCUACAUCAGGAUGGUAAGGACUAUAUUGUCCUCCCACAAACUCCCCUGCUGAACAUAGAAGAGGAUUCUGGGUUGUCCCUGCCAACCUCACCUGUUUCCUGCAGGGAAGAAGAGGAAGUGUGUGAUUCUCAAUUCCAUUAUGACAGCACGUUAGAACUGAGGUUUGUAGCCUAAUGAGAAUCCCAUAGGGACUGCAAGGCGUUUCCCUCUCUGCCAGAUUUUUCUUUGAAAGUGGGGAUCGUGGUGAGAAAGAGGAAGGAGUUUGUGCUGCUGUGUCUUUAUAUUUAGCCAUGUUCACUAGGCUGCAAUAUUUGUAGAGCAAUUCCAUACUCUGAUUUCGCUGGGACCAGAGGGGUGUGUUGCCACUACGCCAACGCGGGAUGGUUACUUCAUCCGGCUCAGGAGGUGAGGAAGGAAGCACCCAAAUUGAAAAUGUAAAAAUGACAGGCAUCCACAGAAAUGCUGCCCAUGGCUCACCAGUGAUUCCAGGCAGAGGUUCAGAUCCCUUAAUGCCUCUCAAAAGGAAAGCUUUUGGAGCAAAACUCGGAAGGAAGAGGGGACACAACAAGGCAGCCAUAUAGCUCCCCGAGUCUUGCAGCCUCCACAGGCAGUCGUCAUGCUCAGCGCGGUAGGUGGCUGGAAGAGUAUAUGUUCUACAAAAUGGACGCCCCUGGCUCAAACCCCAUACUAGAAAAAAGGGGAAGUUCUGCACCUGUGUACCAUGCACAGCCUGAGCUAAUCAGGAUGAGUGCUGCAUGGACCUGGUGCUUGUACUGAGCAAUCAGAUCUUUGGGUCCAUCUUCUUGCCCUCAUGUGGGAUCUAGGGUGGGCCAGCCCCCUGAUGAUGAUGAUUAACAAUUAUGCAAAAAUAGCAUCAAUAUUUAUUAUUACGGCUAAACAACCAGCAUACAAAAACCAGAAUUUCAGCGUAAUUUUCACAUAAACAUUAAAACGGCCAAUGUGGAAUUUAACAAUCAGUAUACUAAUUCAAUAGACUUAAAAUAUAUAUCCAAGGAACUGUAAACUUCAUUAAAAGUUUUCAGAAAUAAAAGAAUUUGACCCUGCUGCAUAAGAUCCCAGCAAGCCAAAAUAGCCCCCUUAAACAAACAAACAAACAAACAAACAAACAAGGAACUUCAGGAUGCUUUUUUUAUUCAUGUGAGAGAAAUAAUCAGUAAGCAUUUGCUAGACUUACUAUUCAUCUGUAAAGCACCAAAAAUUGGCCACACGCUGGACCAACUAUUGCCUUAAGUGAUGUCCGGUAGAGUAUAUGAACCAUCCUUACUUUUGAAGGCAUUUAUUCCCCCCACCCUGCCAUCAAGGCCCCAAAAUAAUAUUUUAGCAACGUAAAUAUGCCAUUUGUUCAAAUGUUCUGCCUCCUAGAAAGAGCUUUUCCGGUUUAUCUGUCAGAGGUGCCAUUCUCAGAUCACCACCAAAUCUGCCGUGGGCAACUUCCAUUUUAGGCUACCUAUCAGCGUUCAAUUUCAGUGCCUUACUUUGGCGAUGGAGGUAGCUGUUGAGGCCCUCUGCAAGGAGAAUAUGGAGCACUGGUUGUCAGAGCAUUGGGAAUGCUUCCAGCUCAGAUGGUUUUCUUUGGCGAAGGGGAGUUGUGGAAUGUUCGGUGCCAACUUCAACAAUUCGCUUGGAGGGCGGAGGGUGUGUGCGUGAGUUUGCUGAGUCAGCUGCUGCUGCCGUCUCCAGCAGAGUCAGUCCAAAUGAAAAGAAUUAUGAGCGUGACCCAGACUUCUUUGUUAGUUUGCAUCUUAAAAGAGAGAAAAGAUGCUGAAAAACAGUAAGCCACUGAAGUUUAUUUAUUUAUUUUUAGAUAAGAUUGUCUCUUGGGUUUUCUUCAGAAGAACUGCUUUCAGAAUCAAAAGUAAAAAAAGAGGCUGUUUCAUAUAGACACUUUGUCCUGUAAUCAGCCAUAGUCCCGCCCCCCCCCCCCCGGCCUGGAUUUGCACAUGAUUGUGGCAGAUGGAUCACCUGAAAUUAUUACAGUGGUACCUCUGGUUCCGAAUGCUUAUGGUUACGAACUCUGCUAACCUGGAAUUAGCUGUUCCUGGUUGCGAACUUUGUCCCAGGAUGUGAAUAGAAAUCGUGCGCCAGAGGCUCACGUGCAGCGGGAGGCCCCAUUAGCGAAAGCGCGCCUCAGGAUAAGAACGGUUUCAGCUUAAGAACGGACCUCCGGCAUGAAUUAAGUUUGUAACCAGUGGUACCACUGUAUGAUUAUGUUUAGGGAAGCUUUUAAUGUUUGAUGUAUUAUAGUAUUUUAAUAUUUUUUUGGAAGCCGCCCAGAGUGGCUGGGGAAGCCCAGCCAGAUGGGCGGGGUAUAAAUAAUAAAUUAUUAUUAUUAUUAUUAAGUGUCUGCCAUAAACACAAGCCAGAAGCCUGCCAGCCUCUGCUCAAACCUUACUUACAGACUUGAAGUGGGAUGAAAAAAGUUUGAGUUUCUAUUCACUACAAAUGACUCAAGAUCAGUUCAAGUUACCAAAAGCAUGGUCAAAGCCAUGGGUUGGAGAACCAAAUGCAUCAGAACCAAAUGCAUAGUGCUUUCCCUGAACUCAUGGAUACAGUAUUUGGGAGUUCAGAACAACGGCCAUUUGUGAUCCACGAAAUAAAACUGGGACACAAAUUGUUGCCUCACUACUCUCUAUCUUUGCAUCCUGGACAGGUAGGCAGGUAGCUGCUGGUGAGCUGCAUUUGGCUCAGUGGGUCACAGGUUGUGCUGCCCUGAUCUUGGAUGAUGAUACUGAAAAGCUUGAGCAGAGCACUCUUAUCAGCUAUAUCAAGGGUCACCACCAUGGUGCCCACAGGCACCAGUGUACCCCACCAAUACCUUCUAUGGUGCCUGUUAUGUAUUCAGUUUUUUGUGUUGGCCUGAGCUUGAGUCUGGACUAAGGAUUCUAAGCCCCUGUGUUCUGAUUCGAUAUCCAGUCACAGAACAUUUCAGAAUUUGGGCCUCUGCCAUUGGGCCUUAAACACUAAGUCAUGAUUCGCUGCUUGGAAGUUGAGACAGCCAAUAGCGUUGGGAGUGGGAGUGGCCCAGACCUUCAGAAAUAUAUAUAAGCAGUGGUUUUGCCCCUGUUGUCCAGUUCUGUUAGUUCAAUAAAGGUUCUUGCUGUUAUCACUGUGUCUUGCCUUGUGGGGACCCACCUACACUUCAGUGCCUGCAAGUGUCUCAGUAAAGUCUCAGUAAAUAACCCCUUAGAAUCCACAAUGUGUGAGAUAUUGUUUGCUCUUCCUCCUCAGUUCCUGUUUGCAUUGGUUGGGCCUAUGCUCCACCGAACACCCCUUCUUAAACAUGCCCACAUUUCAUUAGAUUGCAGGAAUGGGCACCCUCCCUUCUAUUUUGAACAGAACAGAGGUGCCAAGAGUUGCUUCCUGGGAGUGAACGCGGUGGUGGCUGAUGUCAGUGCCCUUUUCCUGUUGAUGGGCAAGUGGGGAGGGAUGUCUCCCUCAUUUUGUGGUUGGUGACGGUUGGUUGGUCUACUCGGGUGAAUGGGGUACGGCCCUACCAACUUCAGUCUGCCCUCAGUUGGCCUCCAACUUACCUCCAUCUUUUUUACAGCAACUCAGGGGAUGACUCUGCCUAUUAUUCACUCUGACUCCACCUGGUACUAAUCUACCUGUCUUCCACUCUACCAGGGCCUUUGGCCACCAUCCAACACUGUUUGUGAUACUCUUAGGCAUGGCAGCCAUUUUGUGUUACUUCAUGCCCCAUGGCAGCUGUUCCGUUAUGCCACUCCACCAUGGCAGCCAUUUUGUAAUAUUUUCUCAUAAUUACAAAAAGUGCCCAUUGGCGCCCACCUAAACAUUAGCAAGCCCUGAACUUACAGGAACACUGACAAAGGCAAUAUAUUUGUUUUCCAGUCAGCACCGCAAAGGAAGUAAAAGAAAAAGCCGUCCUGUGAGUGUAAAGACCUUUGAAGACGUGCCUGUAGAACCAACAGUAACAACAGUGGUUCACGACGUAAGUCUUUGAUUUGGCUUGUGCUCUUCAGUCCUCAUUGCACUUUGCCAUUGAUUGAUCAAUUUGACACAUGUCUUUCAGGAUAACCAGACAGACAGUGGGAUGAUUCUUGCCUCGGAAGAGCUAAAGGCACUAGAAGAUAAAUCUAAACAGCUGAUGUUGCCCUUUAGGUAAGAAGGGGCAAGUGAGCAAUAAUGUAUGUGUUUCAGAAUGGUUUAGAACAGGAGUGGCCACUUGAAGAUUUAUUUAUUUUUUAAGACUGAAGACAGUACCUACCCACAGAUUUACAAUCCAAAAGACAUGGCCCAGAAGGAAAGAGGGAUGGGUAGGGAGGAGGUAAACAAGGGAACUCAGGCACCCAUACUUAAAAGUUUCAUAUAGUGACAAACUUCAUGUUGGGGAGAAGAGGAACCACCUGGGAACAGGUAUCUCAACAGGGUCAAUGAAGCCUCCCACCCCUCCCAGUGCCUGAUGCAAUGGUGGUUGGAUGCAGGUGGCACCGUGGUCUAAACCACUGAGCCUCUUGGGCUUGCAGAUUAGAAGGUUGGUGGUUUGAAUCCCCACAGCAGGGUGAGCUCCUGUUGCUCUGUCCCAGCUCCUGCCAACCUAGCAGUUUGAAAGCACACCAGUGCAAAUAGAUAAAUAGGUACCACUGUGGCAGGAAGGUAAACAGUGUUUCCGUGUGCUCUGGCUUCCGUCACGGUGGUGUUCCGCUGCGCCUGAAGCGGUUUAGUCAUGCUGGCCAUAUGACCCAGAAAGCUGUCUGUGGAUAAACGCCGGCUACCUCGGCCUGAAAACGAGAUGAGCCCCGCAACCCCAUAGUCACCUUUGUCUGGAUUUAACUGUCCAGGGGUCCUUUACCAUUACCAUUGGUGGUAUAUGCUUAUUUGCAAAAUAAAACAAAAAUUGAACUGGAAAAAAAAUUGCAGAGCGUGUUGUGGAAUUGCUAAUUCUGUAUUUUUAUUUUGCAGUGGCCUGGUCUCCAGUAAAAGUAAUGAGUCUGUUAUGUCUGAAGCUUCAGAUCCAACAAGUGGCUACCAGUCAGGAUAUCAUUCAGACGAUACAGACACUACGGCGUACUGUGGUGAAGAAACAGAACUUUUAACUCUCAGGAAAGAUGCUUCUCAGACUUGCAGUGCACUGGCCUAUGGCGCUGGGAUGCCUCUUAGCUCACCUCCCGCUUAAGAAACCCUCCAAAAGAAGGAAUAACUGGAACUUGCACCAAACAUGGCCUUUUUCUUGAGCCAGUGGCAUGUGACGCCCAAAACAUCUACAUUCACUGAACUGGAAAGUAUAUGUGUUCUUUUACUGCAUCUUAUUUGAUGAGAAGGUGCUCUGUGGAAUACUGGAUCCAAACUCAUUCUUCAAGAAGCCUAUCAGUCACCACCGAGCACUGCCAGGGCUAUGCCUGUUUUAGAGUGCCUGGUUACAGUGUUGUGAACUGUGAGGUGUACGUGAAGUGGAAUAUUGAUACACUACAUUUCUAUGCAAUGAUAUGAAUGUGGAAUAGUGGUUGGCCAGAACCAUUUGGAUUUUCCAUUUCGCCAGUGCCUUUCUUGUCUUUGGGCAUCUGUCUUCAGGAAGGUGCUAUUGCUACUUUGCUGGGCUCACUGAACUAUUUUCAUUUAUUUCUCUUCAAUUAAAGGGGCCUUCAGUCUAAAUCUUCCUGGUGGAUACUGGCAAAAAGCAGAGGGACUAUCCCUUUUACUGAAAGAGGUCAUGUUUUGCUGUGUGGUCCUUGAUCAGCUGAGGUUCUAUCAGUGAAUGUUUCACACUGAAACAGACAAUUCUGUCUUGGCUUGGUCAGUACAUAUAGGCUCAGCUAAAUGAACCUGGAGUUUUACCUUAUGUUUUUGUGAUCCUUGUUUAUUUGGUCGCUCUUGAUUUACAGAACCGUGAUUCUUGCUGGGGAGAGGGGAAAUCCUGAUGUAGUGCCAAUGUAGCCCAGCAAAUAGCAUUAUCAGUAAGUUCACAUGUAUCGCAGACAUGUUGCAUAACUAGCUGCUCAGAUUUUGACUGAUGCUUUUCAAUCUAGGAGUUGUUAGAAAGUUUUCUGUGUGUUUGUAUGCCAGAGUUUUUAACACGUGCUGUAAAUUACAAUAUUUCCUUUUUUUAAAAAAAGACAUUGUGAAACUAUUUUGACUGCUCUUACUUUUGUAUUUUUUUAAUUCAAUACUUGUAUAAAAUUUCAAAACUUGGGAAGCUAUGAGUUAUCAGAAGUGGCACAUAGAGUAUUUAUAGCCUGGUUGCGUAGAAAGAAAUGUAAUAUAUUGUUGAAAUAAAUAUAUGUUAUAUAUAAUGAAAAAUGUGCUGUUGGCUUCAAGCAUAUUCUGAAAACUUGUUCUGAAUAUUAUAUGUGUUAGGGCUGAUUCCCAGGUCUCUGUUUGUCCUGCCUCAUGUUCUUGGUAAAUGCUGUAAAAUUUGAGAAAACCUGAAUUAAAAUGCGUGAGAGGCUCACUUUUACCUCAGAAUC